UGUAAAUUUCCAACCAAGAUGGCGAAGCUGGGUGAUGCAGAAGUAGGAAGGAAAACUCACGUUAAACUGCCUUGAAAAAUGGGAAACGUAACAGCCGGAGGGGUCAACGAAGGAGAAGACGAUGAAAACGAGUAUUUUGAGGUAUUGUUUUUGUUGAAUUGUUAAUUAAAUCUCCUCUUCUGAUGCGAUGAUGUGUGAUCACCUGGGCCUAUGGAUUUUACAGCUGAAUUCAAGCUUUGGUUAGGAGAAAACCCGCAAGGAAAGUAGUCAUUUUUUUAAAAAAAAAAUUCUUUAAAGCAGAUGAAAUUCAGUGCCUGAAAAAUUUUGCAACGGUAGCUUUCAUAACGGAGUGUACUUAAAUAAUACCUAACAUUUAUCAUUUGCGUUUUGAGGAAGCAUGACUUGAUUCGCAGAUGAGUGGCUUUGGAAUUUAUCACUGGUCAUUGACUGUUUAAAUAACUUCCUCUAUUCUUUAUAACGGUAUUGUUUUGCAUAAUAACUCGGCCGCUUUCAUUUGGCGUUGAAUUUUUGGCGUUGACUUUUUGCAAGAAGUCAAUGCAUUUUAAUGUUAUGUGCCACUAUAUAAUAUUCAUCGAUGUUUUUCAGCCAAAUUUAAAAAACUUUACUAAUCACUCUAACAUUAAUUCUUAAUUUUGAUAGGCUGGUUGUAAUACAAUGUAAUAUAGGCAUUUUUAAAGCGGAUUUCAGUCAAAACAGUGUAAUUACUGUGAAUCCUCAGUUUUACGAACCCCAUACAAUGAACAUCCUACAUAUAACAAAAGACAUUAGCAGGUAUGGUAAAACCCAUGAUAAACUGCACUCUCAUUAUAGAAAAAUGAUUCUCCAUUCCUUUAGCCUCUUACGCAGAUGUGUUAGGGUGGAAGGUAUGAUGAAGCUCCGAAGACCAUCUACGUAGGAGGCUUGGCACCUGGUUUUACUGUGGUUUCCCUUUUAACCAGAAAGAUCUGGAGCCAUGCAGUUGCAUAAAACUCAGUGUCUGAUAUAACAGCAAAUACCUGAUGUUUGGCCCAGUCAAACUCUUUAUUUUAACUCCAGAUACAUGUCAGUAGUUACAUCUGACAUUACCUUACGUUUCACUUUACGGAAUGUUAGGUUGAGGCUUAGUGUCCUAAUCUGCAAAGGAAAAAGAAAACUGUUAAAGUAAUUGUUUCAAAAUUUUUCUUUCUAUUUUGAUGCAGGAUGGACAGGAAGCAGGUUCUGGCUCAUCAGGUAUGGAUGUUAUGGUUAAAAGAAACAAAAGUCAUAAUAUGCAGACCAAUAUUUAGGCAAAUGCACCUUGUGCAAUGCUGUUUUAUUCCUUCACAGGGUGAAAAUAUUAUUACUAUUUUUGGAUUUGAAAUUAUACUGCACAGAGUGUUUGAAAUCUAAAGUCUUGUUGUUGCAUCUGUAAAAAAAAUAUAGUAUUAAUGUCUUACUCAAGAGAAUAUUCAUAUUCCCCCAUCCCUCCUCCUACCCCUCUUUACUCUCUGUCCUCUUUUCUUGUGCUGUACAUUAUUUUUAUGAAAGCACAAUUUUUUCAUGUGAAUUUAGGCUUUCAAAAGGAAAAAAAAUGAAGAAAUGUUGCAUUUAUAACCAUGGCGAUAUAUGUAUUUGUUUCACUUCACUUACACUUGUAUGCAAAUUAUCCUUCAUUCAGCGGAUUUCGCCGGAGACAAAUAUGUCACCUUUAAUUUCUCAGAUGCUUGCUUUUUUGUGCGCCCUGAUUAUUUUGACCAUCAAGAUUUUUUAAGCUUUGCCUUGACCCAGCCUUUUCACCCUAAUGUUUUUUUUUUGGAAAGUUAUGAGAAAUGCUGUAACUGAAUAAAGUCACACAACACGCUUUAAGAUCGCCUAACUUGAUCUUUCUGGUAUCUUUUGUUCUUCUAUUGUCUCCAAAACAAUCAAGAUGUUUCACCAAUUUCCACCUAAAAUAAUAGGAGACAUAUGAUUGACAGAUAUUUGCAUUUACUAUUGACACUUAUGUGUAGGCACAAUUCCAUACUGAAAGGUGACCACCUAAAUUACAUGUUUGAUUGUCUUGUGUUUCCAUUUCAGUUACUGACCUGUUUCCAAAUAUUUUUUACUUGGCAGCUGAUAUUACUUAUCAGGGAGCUUUAGACCUUGCAGUACUGUUUGAUCAUGGCCUUCUCCGGGAUGCCGCCUCAAAAAUAAAGUAAGAGAUUGCUUAAUUUGAUUUUACAUGAACAAGUUGGGAAUUACAGUUGAGAAUUUUUGAAACAAUAGUUUCAUUGUUGUUACCCUAUUAUACAUAUGAAUUACUGAUAAAGUGGUUAUUUCUCUCUAUUUUUUUUUUAAGAGAGGAGCCAAGUGAGUCAUUUCUGCAGCAGCAUUCCUCUAGCAUUGUGCGAUGGCUAGAAGAAAGAACGUCCAGGCAUGAGGUUAGUACUGUAUGCUAGCCAGGUGCUUGUACAUUGUACUUGUCAAAGUUUUUGCUUCAUAAUUUUACAAUUUUUUUCUUCUAGUGGGUUUUCUGGUUGCAAUUCCUCUUGUUAUUUCCCAAAACCAUCUUAUAAAAUUAAUAAAUUAAAACAUGACAUUUUUCUUUACUAUAGGAAUUUGUCAGCCUUUCCCAGUUUACUGACAUGUUGACGGGAAGAGGAGCAAGCAAGGAAGACUGUUUAGAGGUAAUUAACAUAUUUGUUGCUGUCAUUUAUUAUUACUCUUAUUUUUCUAUGUUUUUUUUAGGUACACUGUAAAUUUAAAUCUUUACCGGUUAAAAUCUUUUUAACUGAUGAGUACUAAUAUUGAUAUAGUUCUUAACUACACUAGGUAAUAAGGUAAAGGGCAACUCUGUCAUUUGUUAUGCUUCUCUGGUGACUGUAAUCUAUACUCUAUUCCUUGUGAAGCGAAGAUCACGCGUGGAUCAGAGCUGCCUACAAACUUAGGUGGCCAAUAUAUAUUUCUUUGUAUACAUCCCGUGAUGUCCAUCUGCCUUGACGUCAUCAAGUGUGAUGUCACACAGCAUUCUGUUUUCCCAGGCAACAGCAGACAGCAUUGAACCAAGUUCCCAAAGAUGCGAUAAAUUUCAACAGCAGAAGUAUUAUUAGAUGUUACACAUAGGUGUUAGAUUGUCUCAGUUUAUGAUUUUUACAAACUCAUCCAAAAUAAAAUGCUUACUGAGCUGGUUCCUGUUACAUUUGUAUAGUUAUUCAAUCAAUUUGAUGCUGAAGGAGAAGGCUUUGCAGAUGUAGAAACAUUUUUGGAGGUAGGGUACAUUUACUCAUGCUAAGCGUUGUUGGUUAUAAAAGUCCUAGUAUAUUCAAAUAUUUUUUAUUUUAUUGCCUUCCUUAAAAUUGUUAUUUUGCCCUGGGCAAGCAAAAUUUGAGCACUUCUCAUUCUUAGGAUGAGUUGAAAUAAUUCAAACUUUUUCCAAGCCCUGCAAAAGCACCCUAAAUGUAGUUUAUCUUGUUUUAUGUCGUGGUUUCAUCUCUGAUGUUAAUAUUGUUCCUAGACCUUGCAAGCUUUUGGUGGUGGAAUCAGUGCUAAAGGUGAUUUGAGGACUUCAAUCAAGACACUACAGAACUGUUCUCUUACACCAGGUACAUGAAAACUAUAUACCGGUAGAAAAGAUUCAGAGGCGAUUCUCUCCAUAUGUGACAUUUGAAUGUGACCAAGGGUUCGUAACAAACAUUUCAGGUGUAGAACUCUCCUACACUGUUUGUCUUUACGUGUAGUUUUAAGUCGUCUGACCCCAGAAAUUGCUGCUACUGAAGAGACUGAUGUACUAAGUGGUAAUUUAUUUAUACGUGUAUGGUGAGAUUUGAUUCAGGGCUUCAGUGGACUGACCUGUCCUUAUCUUUAGAAAUUGGACAUUUUUAAACAAUCUGAAGAUUGUUUAUUUGAUUAUCAUCAGUUCUUAAGCCUUAAGUUGUCAUUUAAAACUGCAUAUUCAUGAUAUAAAAAAAGAUGACAAUUUACAACAGCUUUGUAAAGUUUCAGCUGUGUGUAGAUUUUCCUGAAAAAGAUAACUAGUUGUUAUUAGCUAUUUGAAACCUUGUUUGACAACAUCAAGUACUUCUUGUACAGCUGUAAUAGAAAUUAUUACCAUUAGAGGGUUUAUAUUAAAGAAAUGCUAAGGAAUUGUACUUAAAGCUAAGUCAUCUGGGAGUGAUCUCCAACCAACACAGUGUGUUGAUAUCCCUUGGUGGGUGCCAUACUUGCAGUGUUCAACUCUCUUCCUUGUUCUUAGAGCAAGUUUCCCUUGGCCCUACAAUUUACCAGUCUCCUGAAGAAUGCAAUCUGGUAUACAGCUAAAGUAAAUAAAGCAACUUCUUGCAAUUUAUAUACUCUUAUAUUUAGUUCUUAUUCAGUAAAGACAAUUUAAACUUCCAAGGCUAUUAAAUAUUCAUGCAGUGAUUCAUAUUGUCAGGAUUUGUUGAUGUGUUUGCUGAUAACAAAGAAGCAGUUGUUAAUCAUGGACAUAAACUACUUAAGGUAAAGUUAUAGGAGUUUUUUGAUUCUAUCUUUUCAUAAUGGUCACGUGGUGUGCAUUAUUUGUAUAAUGGUUUUGCUAAAUUCACUGUUUAGGGGGAAAUGCCAUAAUGGUAAAGGUUAUGAUUUAAACUGUGUCUGUACAUUUGAUGGCCUUUAACAAAAUAACGUCUGAAUUUGUAAGUGUUUUUCUUUUUUCAGAAAGAAUAGAUCAGGAAUUGUACAUAUAGCACAGUACCCACCAAAUAUUAUACUAUUAAAAAAAUAAUAUUAUUAAUUUCUUUCAAGUAUUCUUAGAGAAACAUGUACUUAGAUAUAUAUGAAAAUCUUCACUGCUUUUAUAAUGAACCUUUUGUAUGCCAAUUAAAAUAGAUUUGUUAAAUAACUUAUUAUACAUAUAUUUCUUCAGUUUUUGCUGAGAAACAGAGCCAACAGCACUUCUUUCCCCUUACCUGCCCUGGAGGGCUUCUGCAAUACUUCAGAAAUGAGACUCAAAGUGUUACAAGCUCACAUGGAUGCUCUAAAGGAAAAAGGUACAUGUAGAAAUCGCUCUACACAUCUAUAGGGUUUUUUUAAAAAUUGGGGAAAAGCAACGUCCAACAUUUCAAUGAAGGGAAGAAGGAGUUUUAAAGCCAAAAAUAGGAUGUAUAAAACAGGUACCAUGGGCUUACUUGUAAAUUCUAGUUUAUCUGGUGCAUUUUUCUUAAUACCUCUUUUGUUUUUUAAUCCUUUUGUUUUUCAUUAGCUGAGGUAAAGAAGCAAGUCCCUUCUGUAGAAGAGGGUGAAGUGCUGAGACCAUUGUUAAAAUGUUACACAGGAAUUGAAGUAUCCAGCAACAAGGGUGAUGUUUCAAGGUGAGUUAUUGACAUCAAGUUUAUUUUCUUUACUUGUAUGAGGGUUUCAUCUGAUAUGCAAACAUUUUUUUUCUAUAAUCCGUUGUUGUCGUGAUCAAUAUAUAUAAUGUGGAUUUUUUUGAACCGUUGGAAUCACACAUAACUUUUGUGAUUAAAUAUCUGUAUUGUUAAGCUUGUCUCAGCUUCAGGGUUGUCACCAAGAUUUCAAGUUGCUGGGUAAAUACAACAAGUAGGCGGGGAAUCAAAUGGCCAGGGAUUUCUUUUGGUUCUAUUUUUCUUCUAUUUUCCGAUAAAAGUAGGCGGGGGCCACUCUCUUAGUAGCCGGGGACAAUCCCCGGCCCCCGGCUCUUAAUGACAACCCUGCAGCUUAUUACAUGAAGAAGGGAAAGCUAUCGCGAUUUCCUCUGUACAUGUAUGCCUUUUGACCAGUAACCUAUACCGUUGUUCUGCUGCCCUUGAUGUCAAAAUUCAUAUAAGGUACCAGAAUUACUCCAAGGCAUGCCCUUAUUUGUGAGUUAGAGGCAAAAUUUGAUGCAGUCUAGGAGUCCUUACCACUAAAGGUUUGAAUAAUAAUAAGUGUAAGAGCUGUGUUUUUUGUUCCUCUUCUUAGGUUAACCAAUGGUGAUGCUAGUUCCUACUGGCAAUCUGAUGGCCCAGCUAGAUCUCACUGGAUUAGGUAACUGGACUGAGAACAGUUCAGAGUUCUUUUGCAGUAAUGUUUAAAAUUGCUAAUUGAUGAGGUUAUAGUGCCUAAAAGCACUGUAAAAAGUUGGAAUUUGUCUGCUUGAGGUUAUGAUUAAAGAGGAAACAAGUCGCGUUCUCUGUCGAACACCAGAUUGUGCUCUCACCCUUGCUAUUCAUCGUUUACUCUGUUCUCUUUCACAGCAGCUUCUGCUCAAAUUUUCAGGUUAAGAAUGCGACCUAAUGUUGUUUUGAAGCAACUUUCAAUCAAUGUGGGAUCUUCUGACCAAAGCUACAUGCCACAGCAUGUUGUAGUUUCAGCAGGGCGAGAUGAUCAGAAUUUGAGAGAGAUCAGUGACUCUAGGAUUCCCAGGUAUUGCUGCACUCAACUUUCUACUUACAUACCCUACUGAUAGGGAAUUUAAAUGAGGUUCUGUAAAUUUUCAUUAAUUGAGUGGUAUAUUAAUUUGAAAAGUUUGGUGAUUGCACUUUUGGGAAAACUAAGUAUUUUCUCCUGACAAUCGUGAUAUUCAAAUAUGGAAUAAACAACCUCUUACUGCACAUACAUAUAGAUUUGCUAUUUGUUCUUGUUACUCACCUGUCAUGAACUACAUGUAGCUCAUGCUUCAUUUCUUCGGAACUUUAGAAACAUAAAUCCCAACAUUCAAAUAAAAAUGUUCCUGACCUGAUGAAGUUUUUUAGAGUUAUUACCUUUCCGUUACAAGUACAUAGCACAAAACACAAUGAUGUGACGCUCUGAGACAAGUGGACAUGUCAAGUUUGUUAGGAGUGGCAGCUUGAUGUCUUAGUGGCUUGUGCAUUGGGCUUUUCACCAAAAUCGGAUAAUUUUUUUAGAUUCUUUUGAAUGAUAACAAAUUGUGACAAAAGAAUUAAACUGAAUUUGCUUUUUAAGCUCUCAUAAUUGGGUUCAAAUUUUGCACUAACCCUGGGUUAUCCUAGCCCACCUUCGAACAACCCAGCCCUGAGUGAUAACAUGUGACCACGUUAGCUUUCAGUAUCCUUUCAUAUUAUAUUGGAUCUAAGUGAUAACAUGUGAGCAGGUUAGCCUUAGGUAUCCUUUCAUAGAACACCUUGAUCCAUCCUUUAGGAUUAAUGUGUCAGCUACAUUCUAACUAGCAUCUACCACCUAAAUUGCACAGUUGUAAUGGAAUCUAACACCUCAAGCUAUUGUAUGCUACAGAAGCUUGAUUACUUUAGCUCUGUGGGUCUGUUAGGGCUUGUUUAUAAAACUGUCAACUGGAAUUGCAGCUGGUGGGGUGAGCUCACAGUACUUCUGUAUUCCAAUUCAUGCAAUAAUUGAUUCUGGCUUAUUUUCCAUUUGCUUCCUCAGUCAGUUCAAUGGAGACUUUGUUUUAGUUGAAAAUGUGAAAAUUCCUUAUCCAGGUUAGUCGAUUGUCAAAUACAUCAACCUAAUGCAUUACACAGCAAUGAACGAGUCCACGUUGCAUUACAUUACAUAGCAUCAUGUGACAACAGACAGCAGAGAACAGCACAGUGUCAUACAGUGCAGUUCAACAUAGUUGUAAUCCAUUUGUUGAUGAAAUUACGUCUUGUUUUUGCCAUCACCCAAAUGACUUUAACUAAGUUACCCUCUCAUGACAAUUAUUUUUCUCCAUUUUGCUUCCUUUGCAGCACCACAAUUGUGAUUAUUAAUCUUUUUGUCUCUACAGUAAUACAAAUUAACAUACGGAGAUGCCAUAGUGAUGGAUGUGAUACAAGGAUACGAGGAAUCAAAGCUGUAGGCUACAGGUAAUUGCUUUACACAAGUUGCUUUCCAGGUACUUUUUAGGAUUCCAUUUCUAAUGAGAAAAGGUUACUCAGGGAAUAAUGGUUACAGUUUUUGCUGUGUUUUUUUCAAGAUUCAGUCCUAUUUCUAUAUGCGUGUAGUGCUGCAAUGUCUUUGAUUUUUAUUUUAGGGUGGAUAUACAUUAGAAUACUUUUCACCUUGUGCAAUGUUGUCUACUUUUAUUCCUUUUUUCUUUGUGUCGUUUUGUUAAAGAGUUUUAAAGAGCAAAGGUAUGAGUGUCAGUGAUGCAUCAGCAGUGUGGUUUCUGUCUAUUUUGGGUGCCACAGCCUCAGCAGCUAUGCCUAUGGCACCACAUCUUAGGGAUAUUAUCUUGGCUCAUACAAAGUAAGCAAAGAACCUUGAUACUCCUAAUGUAACAAAAAAAAUUGCAGCAUGUAUUAUUAAAGAUGAGAGCAGACUCCCUGUUCUCUCUAAUUCACACACCUCUUUGUGUUACAAAUAUCAGGUAAUUCAGUUUGGGAUAUAAAUAUAAUAUAUAUCCUAUUGACCAGCACCCUUCCGAUCCUCUUAUUUCAUUGGUCCCUAGAACCUGCACUACCUAUUGUUUUCAGGGAUAGGGGCAUUGUUAUGUCACCAUCCCUAUUUGUUUUUUCCAGUCAAUCACAAACCUUGUUUGGAAUCGGUGCAGGUCGACCCAUAUAAAUUAUGUUGUUGGUAAAAUCUGUUUUCCGGUUAAACCAGGAUUUCCCCUGUCCCCUAUAAAUAAUUAGGGUUAAGAAACAAAGGAAUUUCUGAAUCAAACUAGAUCUUGAUUUUACUGAUUUUACCUAAGAUCGUUUUUACCCUCAGCAUAAUGCUACCAUUUGGCCUGCAUGGAGCCCCAGCUACAUUUCGGAAAGUGUAUGGUGUUCUCUGUUUAAAAAAUAUAGGUCCCCUCCUUAUUUGUUAAUUGUGAACUCACUUUUCUAAUUUUCAUAUGUAACUUAGUGAGCUUUGCAUUUUAAACUAAAUAAUGAUCCCUUGGGUUAUGUGAUUGUUCAGUAAGAUCAUUGAAAGUUCACAUCUCAAGGGCAUCAUUUUAAAGCUUGCCUUUUCUUUUCACCCAUAAAUUGUUUUUUUGUUCGCUUGUUUUUUUUUUCUCUCCAAUUAAAGGUCUGCUUUGAGUCACAUGAAGCCGAUGUCUUUGUCCAUAACAUCACCAGACAGGCCAGCUUCUUUAUCUCAGAAUGUCCUUGAAGAAAUUGAGAAUUUUUUACUGUCUAUUGUGCGGUAAGAUGCUCUAUAUCUUAUACAGUACGUACAGAUCCUUUCACUAUUUGCAGUGCUUUGCUUUCAUAAACAAAGUUUCAUAACAGAAUUUGAACCUUACAAAAGAUCAAUAGCACAGUUUUUUUAACCCAAUUUGUCUUGUCCUUAGAAAAUUUUAUGUGAGCCGUAAGAGAGACAUCCUUGUCAUGCAAUUGAAUCUCUUUUCUUUUGUUCUGUUCCAGACUUGAAGGUUUAAUUCAACCAGAGGGUUUAAAGAUUUUAUUGGAAUUUACCUUAGCGCGUGGAAAUCUAAAGAAUAUUUUUAGAGUUUUAAAAUUAUUAUAUGGUAAGCUUUUUAUUCUUGUUACAUGUACACCAUUCUGAUAUGGUAUUUUCUGUUAGCUUUUUGCAUUAGUGAUCAUUUUUUUCUUAUGCUGCCAGAAACGUACUUUUUGUACUUGACAUAGAUUAUUUGCUUUGACUCAAUAAUGAAUGGCUUGAAGUGGUGCAUGACAUAAUGUGUGCAAUAUUUCCAUUUUUAGAAAUUGCUCACGAAGAUUUUGCUGCUUCCGAAAUUGUCAACGCACUUGAAGAUGUCCAUCUGAAAGCAACAAAGCAACAUGGUGAGAACAAAACAUUUGUUCCAAUGCAUUCUGUCAGGUCAGACCGUAUGCUGUGUGCUGUGUUUAUUCAUACCGUGUUGGAAAAGAUUAACUGAUUUCGCUGUUUGUUCUUGUGUUUGUUGAUAUAUCGUUUUUGUAGCUAUUGAUCUCAAGACUACUUUUUCUUGUGGAUAUUUUUCUAGGUGGAUAUUUAAAAAUGUCUUUGUCAUCAUGUGAUGGAGGGCACAAAGACAACCUUUCCAAACCAGAAAAUGUUUUGACAGACAACUGGUCAUCUGAAGGUAUCGCUUUAAAGUGACGAUUUCAGUUUUUGAAAAUCUGUUUAGCUUGUUUGAUAUAGACUUACCACAUAAUAACAAAUUCUCUUACCAAGGGCCUGUUUACAUGGAGGUUAGGGAUCCCAGAUAGGUGAGGUAACAUGUGGCAGGUCACCCCACCUAACAUGUAAACGUGAUCAAAUUAAAAUGAGAGAUAAAAAAAAUUGUACAUUGCUUGUUUACCCACGAAGCACUUAGGAGUUCAUAUGAACUCGUUUAAACGUGUCCGUGCAUUCCAGGUCGAAUUGGAAUUUGGAAGUGUUGGUUUUGAGGUUAUAUGGACAGGCAGGUUACCCCACCUAAGUGGGUUACCUCACCUACCUGGAGUCCCCCAUCUCCAUGUAAAAAGGCCCUUAGUACCUCAGCAUUGGAAGGUGACUUAACAUUAAUACACUUAAUAUUUAUUUCUUCCUCUGAACUCUAGGAUUUGAUCCGGAUUUUGCCAUAAAAUUACAUUAUGCCCGUAUCUAGUUGCUUUUGGAAUUUACCAACCUAAGGCACUAAAAAUUUUUGAAUUUUUUCAGCUUACUUGUCAGAAAGUGGAAAAACAAAGGUGACAAUGAUGUUUUCAAGUUCAGCAUCUGUUCGCGUUAAACUGACUCGAUUGAUUAUCAAGGUAGGUGAAGAGUGUUUCGUCAUCAAAUCUAUUACUGAAUGUUUAACCACAGGUAGCCCAAGCUCUGCAAGUCUAUUGCCUUUUUAACGUAAUGGGAGGGUCGUGAUAGCAUUGCGUGAUUCGUCAUUUUGCACAUCUCGCAAAAUUGUGCAUAACCUUUUGUUGUUUUACUUCCCCUGGACAUUUCAGCCGUCCCAGGAGACAUUGAAGACAAUGCUUAUGCAAAACUUUGGCGGGGGGGGGGGACUGGUUUGGAAGGUGUAUUAUGGGAAAUGUCCAAAUGGCAAAUAAAGAAAAUAUAAGGAUUUGUGUUGGGGAAAAAGUGUGCAAUUCUCACGGUAAAAGUGAGAACCUUAUUAUCAUUAUUUUUAAAUAAAUAUCACGAACCUUUGGAGAUUUGGAGCCAUGUAACAUGUAACCCGUAGGAUCAACUUAAUGCUGUGACGUAUCUUUUUAUCUCCUAGGUUUCAAAAGGACCCAUCGGUCCCUCUCAUGGACUUGUUUUUGUUCUAGAUGAUCUUAAGAGGUAUGCGGAACUCUUGUGUCUGCUAUUUGUCUUCAUUGUCUGUUGUGUUCAUUGUUUGUUAACAUUUUGUGUUUUGCAAUGUUUAUUUCAGAGAUGAAAAAGAAAAAGAGCAUGAAGGAGAAACACAUGAAACAGAUUUUCUCAGCAAGUAUAACAACUGGAGUAAAGAGACCUACUCUAGUUUUCUGGCAAGGUGCAUUUCCACUUAACUUUGCUUAUUUGUGUCUAGCAUACCACUGGGCGUUCCUUGAAAACACUGACCCAUGCUAUGUGAAUCGUGUUCUUUCUUGAUAUCUUUUUGCUACAUUUUCACCUUUUUUGCAUCUUCGACUUAAUUUCUCAAAGUGUGUUUCCUUUGCUUUCCAGCCACAAAGACAAUUCUGAUGUAAGCCAUGAUGAACCAGUGGCUUUCUUUGCCCUUGAAGAAGACUGGUAUGCACUAGCGAGUACUCUUAGAAUAUUUUCCCUGAACGAAUUUUUCUGUGUCCCGUAAAUCCGCAGACUUGCAAACAAAAACGUUUUUAUCAUAAGGUAGUUUUAUGUAUCCUUGAGCGAUAGACACGGUGCUUCGUUACGACAUAUCGGAAGCCCACCGUGGAGUUAAAAGUACGACGCUAAACGUAUCCUUGCCCUUUCAAUUAUUGAACAGUUCCAGAAGGUUUUUAACAUUUUCUUGAUAAUGUAUUUUACAAAUUAAACUGCAACAUGUUUUGCUGUUGUUUAUUGUUUGGAUUGGUUGUUGUUUUAGUUGAUCUUCAUUAGUGCUCUAACAGUGUUAAAUAUAGUUUGAUUUCCUUGUUGACUAAUUUCAGGGAUGAGGUUGAAAUCCAUGUAGACAGAGUUUUGAUUGGAAAGGUGAGUUUGGUUUGCUGCUUUGGGCCCCUUCGACAUUCUAGAAUAUAUGCAGACUUUUCGUUCUCAAAAAUUGGCUUGUUUCCAUAAAGAAUCGUCUUUGGUUUGUUAUGGUCCCUUUCAGUUAUCACAAGGGGAACCCUAGUUUGCCCUUUGCUGUCCCUGCCAUGCUAGCCUGGAGGCGUCACUCACAAAGUACCUUUCCUGAAUGAGGAGUGGCGAUCCUGUGCAGACUGAUACUCAAUUUUUCACUGAUCCCGUAGGUUUUCGCUCACUUAAUCCUUCCAUCGCUUUGUUACUUCUGGCUCCAGUAUAUAAAGCAGAUACAACUAAUUCACGAACACAAAUACUCUUUCCUUGAUUCGUUGAAGUAUCGAAAUGUGGCUCAGUUCUAAUGACUUCGUCCUGUUAUGUUCUUUUUUAAUAAUUACCUAUAACUAGUAUUGUAAAUGAACUGUGAACUGUUAGCCUUUCCCAGAUUGUGUUUUGAAAAUCACCCUUAAGUUUUUUUGGUUUUCUUUGUUUUCAUAGUAUGUUGUUCUCAAGUUCUUGGGAGCAAGAAAAGAAAGUGCAGAAAGGAUAGGUGUUCUGGGAGUGCACUUCUAUGGUUAUGAAGUCAAGCCAAACUGCCCUUUAAACGAAGACUUGUACUUGGUAAUAUUUUUUGUCCGUAUUUCACGCUUAUGUUUCAACUUUUCAAUCCUCUGUUGCGGGUGUACAUUAACACUGUUAAGUAUCACUUUUGUUGUAAAAAUGACGGAGACAACAGUACUGUACAGGAGUUAUUUAUUUUCAACGUCCUGUGAGUAGCAUUCGAAUAAAGGUGAAUUUCCACUGUUGCGUAAUUUUUUUCGGCGUACGCACGUAAAUGUUACGCGCGAAACGAAAUAGAGUCGAUGUAUGGAUGGUCGCGCGCAAACGUAAAGCUGAGGUUGAAACUCGCUCAACGUUUACGUUGAGGCGCGGCUUUCCAUACAUUGACUCUAUUUUAUUUCUGCGCAUAAAAUUCACGUGGGUACGCAGAAAAAAUUACGCGACAGUGCUAAUUCACGUUUACUCUGAAAUCCAUGGGCAAGAGACGUUUCAACGCUUACUCGAAGUUGUCAUUGGUUUCUAUUAGAAUGAUGUUGCUCCUGUUCCAAGUGGUCAGACAGUGGAUGGCUCCACUCUGUUUAUCAGAGUUUUAUCAUUUCUUGACGAAAUGGCAAAGGAUCAGGUACUACUCUUUGGUGGUUUCGUACAGUUUUAGCUUGGACACUACUGCCAAUUUGUUAAUGUAUUUAUUGUAGUCAAGUUAGUCGACAUGCAAAAUUUUGCAUGUGGCGUUAGUAGUAUAGGGCGCAUGGGCUACUUCGUUUUUUUCGCACAGAAAUCGUAUUAACCUGCAUACAUGAUACUAUAAAAUCAAUGCCGUCACAGCCUAUUGUCUUGGUCACAGCUCGUUCGUCCGUGAGGUUCAUUGAUCUAUAACGUAACUUGCCUAAAUCCUCUGGUUAAGUCAUUAGUUUUCCUGAUUUUGUCGGUAUUUUGAGAUCAUUCUAUCAUAUAUUUUUUUUUUGCUGUUUAAAUUCCAGAUUCACGUUAAAUCAAGACCAAAGAACCCUCCCAUGUAUAAAGAGAAGGUGCGUAUAGUCACAGAAUCAUAGCGUCCAUCUUUUCACACUGAUAAAUUCCGCUGCACACAUCCAAUUUCGUCUAACAUUGGUGGAUGCAACAAGAUUGAAUGAUAUUGGUGGCUUUUAAUUAGUUUAAACUCAUUUAGUUCUGAUCCAACAUCAAUCAACAAGGUCCUAAGUGAGCGAAUAAAUCAACAUGACGCACCCAACAAUGUUGGGUGAAGUCUGACCAAUAUCUUGGAAUGAUCCUGAAAUGGUCCUUUGUCCUUCUGGGAUAACUUUGGAUGAUUUAAAAGCGGCAAAUGCAAGUGCACGUGCUUAAGAUUGUUUAUUCCUUCAUAAUUAUGAAAAAAAGGAAAAACAGGGUGGUGAAGAAAAAUCUAUAGAUCUAUUUUCGCCAAUUUUCGCCUCAUUAUUGAGAACUUAAUGCGAUAUUUCCGGUCGUUGUUGGUUAUUGCAUCCAUAAACGGCGCAACAUAAGCAUCACGUCAUCCUCGUAUUUGCCUUAGUUGUCUUUGAUACUGCAAAUUCUUCAUUAUUUGUUAUACAGAGUAAACAUUCUCAACCACGUUCUCUUUGCAUUGUCUGUUUUUAUAACAGUGAAUAUACUGUUCUUAUAUCCUGUUCGUAUGUUAAGAAUGUUUGGUUUAACAUCUUAGACUGACUUAUCGUCCAAUUUUUUAAAUGUUCAGGAGGGUCAGCUAGAGUUAAGCAGUGUCAGUCUUGAGCUCAUCUGGGAUGUUUAUACACUUGUUACAAGCAGGUAAAUAUCCGCCUCAUUCCUCGUAGUUUCCAGCAAACAAAGGUGAUCUUAAAUAUUUUAAUGGUCAUUUAAGUUUCUUUAAGAUGAGUUAAUUUGUUGUAUACUGGUAGACACCACGAGAAUCGAGCAAUAAAUACAAAACUGUUCCAACGAACAACGACACAUUUAAAUAAUUAGUGAAAAUGCAAUCUAUGGAGUCCAGAGACACUUUGGACUACAAGCAGUGACUGUGGAAGUGCCUAGUUCGGUAACCGAAAGUAAUUUUUUCUCGCCAAGUAGGGAGUUAAAGACACCAAGACGGCGUUAGUGGGGAAAACGUCGCUUAAAAUGUGAAUUCGCUUUAUUUUUGGAGUCUUUACUGCGAUUAUUCCAGCUCAUUUACUUUUGAAAUGUAGGUGGCCUCUUCUAAAGUUGAAAUCAUGCAAUCAUCCCCGGCGGCGAAGAAAUGUACAAAAAAAUUUGUGAUGUAAAUUAAGCAAAGUUUUUAAGUUUUAUCAUGAUUAAAACAAAAUUGCAUCAUAUACGCAUUUUAUCCUUUUUUUGAAGGCUUGAUUUACGAUUAUGAUCUUCAAAUUCGGUAUCAGGCACGACACACAGGUGAAAAAUACAGCUGUAAAUACACAAAAUACAGUUGAUGGACAAGAGGUCAACACUUCACCAAGUGCUGUGAAUAACCAAGGGCUACUGGUGCACUUAGCAUGAAAAAUACACCUAAAUGCUUACUUACUUCACGACUACAGCUUGAAAAUGUCUAAUUGUACCUUUUAUUGGGGGAGUAAACAAGCGACGACAAAAUUUCCUCUUUCUAGUUCGCCUACAUUUGGCAAAGAAAGAGACUUUGAAUUAUCACGUUAAAGAUUGACAUAACGCGACUUCUAUUUUUAAUUAACAAGCGAAGUUUUUACUGCUCUCGCGAAGCACUGAGGGGUGGCGGGAGAAAAUUACUGCCGGUCACAACUUUUACAGUUGCGAAAAGAAAGCCCGAAAAAAAUUCAGGCUAAUACGGUAUUCGAACCCUUGACCUCUGCGAAUUUUUUUCAAGCUCUCUUUUCGCAACUGCAAAAGUUGCGUCUAUAACUACGAUGAUCUUCUUUCAUAUAAUAUUCCACUUAGUUAGGCAUAUGAAACAAAGCAACUUCAUUUCAUCUCUCAGUUCUUAUUUUCGUCACUCUUCGUAACAUUUCUUCAGGUCAGUAAAUUACCAGUCCUGUUGUUUUGGUUUUUAGGGACUUGAAACACAAGAAAGUAGUUGUGGCGAGUCUGCUUCUUCUUCGUCUGUUAUACCAAAGCCUUCCAUUUCUCAAGUCUGGUCUCAGGGAUUUAGCUUCUGAUACCUCCGAUAAAGCCGCCUUUGAAAAGGUGUGGUUAAUAAAACUGUUGCCUUUACUAAAAUGUUAGUGUGUAAAGUACUAAUCGCUUAUUGAGAACACUGCUUUCAUCUCGCCUAUUGGAGACGGUAUCGCUAUUCUGCAAUGUCGUUAUUUAAAAAAGACACCAAGAACGAAAAACAAAACACACUUUAUGCAUUUACACAGAAUGCCACCAAGGUCCCAUGCAAAUUUAGUCUGUGUACAGACAAAGUGCAUUUGCAUGGUAUGUAAGGAUUAAUUAUUUUUGUGCAUCAAAUCGUUAUGAGGGCAAUGUUAUACUGUAAGAACAUCUUUAAAUUGUCCUGAAAUAACAACAGGUCGACAUUUGUUUUGUCUUCGAACCUCAGAUUCAGUUUAUCUAGAGCCGAGUUGGGAUAUUACAAUUUGUCUGUUGGCUUUGUACGUUGUUGCAGAUAUCUGACUCUCGAGAUUUACUUAGCUACAAAAAUAAUAUAUUUUUCUUCUCUUUUCUGCAGCAGCAUCAACUCUCCUCCAAGAUUUUUUCUUACUUGUGUGAAGUUGUUGACGACGAUAAAGAUGUUUAUGAUAAAAAGAUUUAUGAGAUUUCAAAACUGAUCAUACUAGAGGGUAAAUAGCCUAUUUUGACGUAAAGAUGUUCUCUGUGAAAGCAACUCGCAUCAAGCCUGAAUUUUUCCAGAUUUACCCAGUUGUAACUAUAUUAAUUAGUAACAUCUUGUCUUGCAGUUCUCCCUCCCCACCUAAAGUUGAAACCAGGGAAAAUUUCUGGAUACACUCGUCUAAAGUUGUUUGUGGGGUGAGGGGAGGGGCUGGACGUAUGUGAAUUGGAAAACACCCCAGAAAAGUAGCAGUGUCCUGAGACUUUUGUCUAUGUUUGUAGUUCUAUUAUUCGAACGCUAAUGUAGUUUCUCAAUUACUUUAUGAAUAGCUGUAGCAAGUGGAAAGGUCUUUAUUCGGUUUUUUUUUUGAGUCAAAGUGUUUCCAAACAUGAACUUUUGAGUGGAACUGAUGACUUUGCUGGUUCUUGCUGUUGCAGGAGCGGAGAUUUUCUUCCCGGACUCACAGACGAGACGAAACCACUUAUUGUCAAUGGUGGAUCAAGUGAUGGAGGAGAAGAAGGCAGCAUCUCUUGGACUCACAUUUGAGUCGCUCUGUAGAUUCUUUAGUAAUAAAGAUGCAAGCGGUCUCUUAGGACUUCCUGAUAAUGUCACUGCGGUAUGUUCAUGUAUUAUCAUAAUGGAAUGGUCACCCUUGUUAAUUCAUUUAAUGUCACAAGUGGUAUCUCCACCAAUCCAUGGUUUCACAAGCCUGUUUUAUCAGUCACUUUGACUUAUCCUUUUAAAAGAAUUUUGUUCACAUGUAGUGAUCGACAGUUCAACGUGACAGUUCAAAUUAAAGUGGUUAGGUAGUAGAAAGGGUGCGCUGCAGGGAGCUAUUAUAACUGGCGGCUGUAUUGAAAUGGUGGACUACUUAUCACAGAGAUGUUGCUAAUUCAAUUGUCUGGGCUGAUUUUACCAUCUCUAAGUCAAUGUAUGCCUUAAUGAUAUUUUUUCGCCGUGCAGGAGUAAUACUAUUUUAUUUGUGCGUUUUUGUUUCAUAUUGAAUCUCAAUUUCAAUUUUUUCUGAAUAAUGUAUACCUCCUUCGCUUAAUAGAGGUCACAAGUUUAUCAGUUCUCAUUUUUACCCCCUCUUCAAAUAAAGUCUCCACGCCUAACCGGUUACAUGGUACACUUGAAAACUUUAAUUCCUGGCAUCAGAGAAUGAGUUUUAAACCAAAAUGGUUUUGAAAGUGCUGCCACCGAGCUAUCCUCUAAAACCUUUUUAAAUAUUCCUUUGUACAGUGGUAAUGAAUCUAAAGUAUACUCUUAUGUUGCAGGAGGGGUUUGACUGUGGUCCUGUAUUAGCUGUUAUGACCACACUUCUGACUGUAGCAUUUCAAGAGGUAGGUAUGAUCAUUGUAAAUUUGUAUUUAUUCCACGAAUCAGCGUCGAUCAUGAGUCUAAUCUCCUUUUUUAAAAGAUAACUUUGGCCACUUUUUAAAAGUUAAGUUAAUUGUUUGAAUAUGAUGUCAAUUUUUAGUGCCUUCAUUGCUUGGAGUCAGAGGAUAGUGGUCACAGCGAGUCAGCAUCAAACCUGGUUCAGUUACUAUGUGCCAUGCAAAGAAGUCUAUUAACAUGGUGCAACGUACAGAUUAGAGAUGGAAGUUCUUUUGGGCACAGCGUCGCUACUUCUCUUAUAACAGACUGUAAGUGCACUUCAUAUUUUCCGGAAAUUAAGGAAAGAACAACAACAACAACAACAACAACACUUUAUUUCACCCCAUAAUAUCCAUAAAAUAAAAAUUUAUAACAAUAGUACAGACAAUGAUAGGGGCGCUAGCUGCCCGAAAUAACCUAAGAGUUAAAAAUGCCAGGCAGCCAGUUAAAAGAAAAGAUGUUUAAAUGUUUAGGUCAGGGACACAAGAACAAAGAAAACAGAGAAACACACACAAAUAGUUAAGUAAACUACCAGUAUAUAAAGAGACUAAAAUUCAUACAUUGCAACAAUUUCGAGAAAACUCAUCGCCUCAUUAUUAAACUGAUUUUUUUAACUCGGAGAUUGUCGAGUUAAGUGGAAUGAGUUUGUCGUCUAAAAUUUUGGUAAAUUGGUCGCAAUUAAUAGCCGGCAUACUGGUAGACACUCACAAUAUUAAACAGAUAUAAUAUAUCACACGCUACAGAACACAAGACUCAAAUUCACUACAAUUUCCUCAAGAGCGAAGAAAUAAGCAGCCAUCUUGUCCGCUGACUGCUGACCAUUUCAAGAAAAAAAACGUGACGAAAGUGAUGACGGUUCGCAGAGAUCUGAAAGCCAACUUGAGCAAUGACAGAACCGCAAUUUGUGCACCAGAGGUCGCGUUCAGUCCCUUGAGCGCGCUUUCUCGUCCUCAUUUGACGUUGCGUUGUCUGGUAAAUUAAUCUGACUAUUCUGUUUUUUAAGUGUAAAACUGCGAAGUACGUAAGCCAAGUGUAAAGAGGGUCUGAAAUGUCCGUGUGUUUGCAAGGCUUCUGUUUGGCGUCACUUGCCAGUCUUUCGUUCAUACUUCUAUGUUACAGUCCAGUUCGGUGAUAGUGGAGAAAAAAAGGAUCAUUGCGUCUGAUUUCUGUAACUUUAUCACAUUUCUUCGUGAUCUGACAAAACCUUUUGUAUAGUACUGCACUUGGAUUUUAAGGUGUCACUACAAUAAGCUAAAAAGAGUUGAUCUUAGAAUGGCAUAUUAAUCAGUCUUUCAUUCGUUGUUCUUGUUUUUGCAGAUGUUGAAAUAUUAGCCAAGAAAGUGUUUCUGUCCCUGCAGGCAGUGAAUGAAUCACGUGACCAACUGACUGUGAUUGACAGACUUGAACAUUCUUACGUUUCCGCGGCAAUGAGGCAGCUGGUAUGUUAAUCAUCUUUAUCCUUGUAUAAGGCAUUUUCUAUAAGGCAACCUUUUGCACCUUAUUAUCCACUGAACAAUGAGACGUGAGCACAAUGCCGCAUUCGACUGUUAUUGUACCACGAAAGGAAAAUUUCAAACACAAAAUAUCAUUGCAAAUGUUAACACUGAUACAUGUUGUGGUUCAGUUUUAUCCUUGGUUUAAAUUUUAUUUUCUUUUGUUUCAAACUCAUUAUGAUACAUUACCAUACCCAAAAACAAAAGAAAAUAAAAUUUAAACCAAGGAUAAAAUUGAACCACAACAUAUAUCUUAGUGUUCUGAUUUAAGCCAGAAAUAAGGUGAUUUCCUUUGAUCACCCGAGACAUAUUUUGCGCAGUGUACCCCUUUUACGAUCAUUGAAAUUAUCGAAUAAGAUGUGGUGGCUCAAAAUCUUAGAAUGCUGGCAACAUACGAGUUGUUAGUCUAUGCACAACACUACCACCGUUGUAAAGGUUUUCGGUGUUUAAACGUCGUUUCGCAACACGACAGUUUCUCUUCUUAAUAUUUUCCAGGUUCUGUUUCUCAACUUGUUUACAAAUGUGGAUGCCAUCUGCAUGCCGGUACUGAGAAGUCUACAGCCUGUUUGUCUCGAGUUAAAAAGGUUUUCAAAUAAAUAUCCAGAGCUUUUCUUUAAGGUAACGCUGCAAUAUUCUUGUUUGUGGCAGUUUCAAUUCACACUUAAUUAAUUACAGACAUUUAGAAAGAGUGUAUUUUUUAAAUGUUGUUUUGCAUGUAUUAUUUAAGAUUGAUUCUGAAGAAUGGAACAAGACCCAAGGACAGACAAUACUAAGAACUUGGGAAGUUGAAUCGUUACACAAUUACGAGAACAACCAAGACAUAAAAAUGGUUUGCCAAGUUUUCUAUUGACUUAAAAUUAAAUUAAAUUAACCCCUAAUAAUUCCCAAAGUAAAGCGAAAUUACAAAAAAUCAAAUUUCCUUUUUGUAAAAUCCUACGAUUUGAGUAACACUUUUUAUAACGUUUUGCCAUUAUAAUGGAAUCAUCGUGGAAUUAGGAUCACAAGUCAAAUAGUUAGAAUAAAAAAUCAUCAUGCUAUAACUUUGUGUAGGUUGUUGUUGAGGUUUUUACUUGAAAAUACACUAGUUUUUUGUGAACAGGCUUAAAAACAAUGAUGAUAAUAUAUACUGUAUUAAUUUUUUAUUGGUUCAACAAUUUAUUCCAGGUGUUUAGCUGUCCUGGCUGUUCUGAAUUCACGGUUGAUUUUGAUUCUCGCUGUGAAACAGAAAGAAGGUUUGCCUACUUAUUUUUGUAUUAGGAUUUGUUAGCUCAUUUUGUAGAUGCUGAUGUGACCACACAGCCAUUUUCUUACCUCAAUCGAUAACAGUAUUAAAAACCAAAAUCAAGCCAGCUGGCUAACUCGUUGUCCGCUUUUUGGAUUCCAAAUUAGAAGCCUUUUAAAGUUUAAGAUACCACAGAGGCACUCUACUGCCAGUUUUCCUGUGCUAAUUGAAGUAAAUGUUGUUAUAGUACUUCUGAAUGAUUGUAUUCUUCUUCUAGAUAUGAUUACUUGGAAUUUACAGAUUCAAAUGGCAACAAGAAACGAUUUGAUCAAAAAGUUGACACAGAAAAGUGGCCAAAGGUAGCAUUAACAAUGUUUUGUUAAGAAUGGUGUUCUUCAGUGAAAAUUCAAAUUUAUGAUUGCCAUGUGCUGUUUUCGAACUUGCUUUAUUUGUCUCUCUUAAGUUUUAAUCUUGCAAUACUUAUUCAGCACUUCGUUUUCCUGCAGAACGUUAACUUCAAAGCUGGAAAUCGUCUGCUUUUUAAUUUUCAUUCAGAUGGAAGCAACAAUGAAUGGGGUUACAAGUUCACGGUAAGCCUAGAAAGUUGUUUAACACCAGCUGACAAGAGAAGGAAUUAUCGGCGAUUUGGUACCGUUAUUAUUAUUAUUGCCCGCAAAGCUGCCUGAUUGUCGUCAUGCAGUAACUGAUGCUGUUGAAUGUCGACAGGUGACUGCUAAAGGCUCCCCAGAUGUGGCGUUAUCAUGGAUUUUUGAUCUUCAGCUGGGGAUGGCUCGUUUGUUUGGUCAGCUCUGUAGUGCUGCCUUGGACAGCAGAAAAGGUAAUCAACCUUACAACAGCUAAUAUGGCGGCUAACAAAUUGCCACAAUAAAUAGACGCCUUAACGCACCGAUCAAACGAUUAUUAAAUAUUUCACAACAUUUCUCUAUGAAUUUUAGCCUCCCUAACUCCGUCAAAUGCUGACAAUGAGGAAGAAAGCAAGUUACUUCACAGUGAAAUCUGGACCACUCUUUUCCGUGGAGGAUACAUGACCGGAAAACUUCAAAGGUCUCUUUCUGGUCACCAUGUAAGUCAUUUCAGUGACUUAAACUGAGUAUUAAGUGGCCUUACGGUGCGUCAUGUCCUACUUUUAAAGGAAUAUUAUUACAGUUCUACUAGAUCUAAAGAAUUUUGCAUAGUAUAACAAGACUGCCUUCACACGACUCUAGGUAGACUGUUUACACCCUCCCAUCUUGAUCCGUAAGAUCGUCGUCGAGAUCGAGCUCUCGUUGGGCGGCCGUGACGGUUUGAAAUAAACCGUAGGUGAGGGGAGGGAUUAGUGAGAAGCGGGGGAGCAGGGUUUGUUGGCCGCUCCCCCCCCCCCUUCUAGGUAGAUAUUUGUACUCCUUUCCAGGCUGCACUUGCAUUUGAAGCCAAGAUAAACCAUCCCGGCGUUACAGUAAGCGGCAGUCGAUCUUAGCGAUAUCAUGAAACAAUAGGGAGCUGUAAUUGUUAAGACUCUGCGAGAAGGCGGACUUGCUCGACUCGUCGGCAAGCUCUUUCUUACCAACAGAAAUAGUUCUCGGAAUGUCAGCUGUUUGUGUUUCCCUCCACCACAAACGUAGCACCACCGCGGGUUUUUUAAUCUACCCGUUUAUCCCUUUACGUCUUGUGACAGUUUGUUAAAUACGAAGUCCUCGAUGAACAAGCAGCAAAGAACCGCGGCCUUGAUCCAUAGCUGGCAAUGUUCUCCGUGAAUAUAUAUAUAUAUGUAUCCAGAAUUUCGUUUGUGUCCUAUGAAUGAUACAAGGGAUAGGAAAAAAAGAAAAUUCUAAAUCAUACUUUUACCACAAUCCUAGGUGAGGAAAAUGUAAUUCAUGUUGAUCCCCCUUUCCCCUUGAACAGUGUUGGGUGUUACAAGCCAAACACCUUUUACAGGACCUCAACUUGGUUGGGGGGGUGGGGGUUGGGGGAAAUCUUGUUAAGGCCGUGUUUGUGAGUGUGUAUUGCAGGUCAGCUGCAAAUUCCAUAUAAAAACACGUUGAAAAGGGGAGGUGUCCCAAAACCUUUCGGCCAGGAUUGUAGGUUGAAUAGUGUUUUAACCGGAGAACAGAUUUCACCUUCAACAGUAUAACAGUCUUGAUUUUUCCAACAGGCAACAACAAGUUAUCCAGUCGAGAAUUCGGUCAACUCAUUCUUGCAUACAAUAACUGGUAGAACAGAAGGACCGCCUGAAGUGACAAUGGAAGAACUUAUAGCGAAGUGAGUAAAAUUGUUCGCGUGAGCGACAGUAACUUAAAGAAACGUCCACUCCUCCAUUCAGUUUCAUAGAUCGCUAUUUUUACUGGACUCAAGAAAUUAACACUUCAUACCAAAUAGAGAAGCGAGGUGUGACGUCAGGUUACCAUGGUAGCAAAAUUUGUGGAUCUCAACAAUCUUUCUUGAUGAAAAUGAAGAAAUGAUAGUCGCAGUGAACGCAAUUUAUGCAAUUGCGUAAAGAAGCCUGAAAAAAAUUCAUGACUUCAACGGGGUUUGGGAGCAGGUCAAUUGUGGGUUCAUAUGUUCCCGUGAAAGAAAUGAGUGUUAAAGUCCUUAAUUUUUUUUAAGGCUUCUUUACGCAAUUGCAUGAAUUGCGUUCACUGCGACGAUCAUUUCCGCAGUUCAUAUAUGAUUUAUUUCAUAUAUCAUUAACAAUCUUUCUUGACAGAGACGGCCAUUUACGCGUUGAACGAUGGAGGAAAAUUAUGGGUUGCUGUUUUGUUUCUGGAAAGUCUUACUUGUCAUUUUUUUUCACUUUUCCUGUCAUAUUGGAAAGACCACGGUUUGUUGAGAUCCAGAAAUUUUGCUACCAUGGCAACGUGACGUAACGACUUCUCCUCUCUAUUAACAACACCACAUACAAAUGUCAUCUUCUCAUGGAAGUACUGUUCAUUGCCAUUUGAAUGAUGGUUGUAAGCUUUCGUCCGACGGACUCGAAAGUUAGAAUAACCUUAUUACUUGAUGCGUAAAUAUUAAUUUGGGUAUCCUUUCAUCAGGUGUCGUGAAAAGGCUCCUGGGCCCUUUAUAGGAGGUCCUCUGGUAGACCAAGCUGUAAAUGCUGUGUUUGCUGCUCUUUUGUGGCAUUCUCAGGAGUUGAGGGACCAAAUAGUGCUGUUUUGUAAGUUAAUUGUGUUUUUUUGGCUUUUUUUAGCUCUCUUUUGCAACGUUGUAUCAAAAGUGAAUCUUCUAUGUAACAGGUCCCGAAGGUUAAUUUGAAGGAUUUUUAAUUAAAAGUGCCAGCAAAGUUAAAAUAGGUCAGAUUUUAAUCGAUUUAUCUUUCGUUGUCUCUUACCUUUUAACUCAGAAACUAACAGUUUCCGAUACUCAUUUAAAAAUUCUUGUAGCUUGAUUGAUUGAUUGAGUCAAUGACUGAUUUUUCAUUUGUGUAAUGUAUUCAGCUAAUAACACACCCCCAGAAGCUGUUCCAGAAGGCGUCCAAGAAGCUUAUUUAACAGCUGAGUCACUAAGGCGUGUACUGGUAAGCAAGCUCUACUACUGCGCCCGCCAUGAAAAAUGUCUAUUAAUGAAAUGUGUGCUUUAUUAUUUUGGAAAAUUCAAUUUAUUUGAAAGGGGUGUCUUAAAGCGAAAAUCGUGGAAACGACUUUUAUAUCAAAGAUAGAAAGUACAAAUUGCCAAGACGAGCUAAAUUCUCCUUGAAACCUUAAAUUUCAUUACUUGACGUCUCUGCUUUCAGAACGUACCAAACUAUGAAGCGCACAUACAACAGACUUGUUAAAGUUAUGUUGUUGUUGUUGUUGUUAAGAUUGUUUCUGUUUCUUUAAAUCACUUGCGAUGGUAAUUAUGGAGAUAGAGGGCAAAUCCUGUGAUCCCCGCAAAACUUGUACUGCAGUGUUUUCACAUGGCGGUGCUCCUUGCCGAUAUCAGUACUUUUCAAUCUAUCGAUUUAUUGGCUACUCACGGCAGCUGGAGUAUUACACCUAUUUAAUUUUAUUUGAUUUAAGGGCUGUUUUCUUUUCCGUCAUCGUCGUGGUUGUUUAGUCUUCGUUAACAGUCUUUCAAGUGGUCGUGUCGCAAAAAUGCGUGUAUCAAGCUGCUCACCUUGCUCUGCAGUCAUCCUGUAAAUGUUGGUUUAAUUUCCAGGUUGAUCGUCGUCAGCGUCUCAUUUUACAAGCUGAAGAAGAGUCUAACAAUGAUAAAAGCCCACCACAGAAAACAGAUCCAGACAGCCCUGGUAAGCUGCUGCUGCUUCCCGGGCUCCUUUCAUGAUUCCUCAAAUCACCUUGAUACAGUUCACCUCUAUUUAUGUUCUUUACAUUAUUUGUUUGCAGUGAUUGCUUGCAAGGAAAAAGCUCAGUUCCUUCUCAAGUUUGCUGGGCUGCAAAGAAUAGCUGAAAAAAGCGCUGAGGUACUUCCUCGUUACAAUGUGUUGUUACAAUAGCCGUUCGAUCUCCCUACAUAAGUAAGGAGCAAGGGGUUCCGGUUUUCGCAGAGUAUUUGUACAUAUCUUUGGGUUGCUUACUUCCUGUAUUAACUGUGUACAUUGCUUUAGGGAAGAGAGAACAGGCGCUCCAAGUGGUUAAACAGGAAGUCAUCUUGGCAACGAUCAUCUUCAGAACAUGGAGGAAGCAUCUUAUCAGGACCCAGACAGGUUAGUGAAAACUCUCACCACUGAACUGAUUUUGGUAAUUUAACUACGGAUAAUUUCAAGUGAUACCAUAAGUUUGAGCUCUUAGUACGAACUGCACGUGCUACACGAACGGCUUCUCGAUUACUCGCGCUUUCAUCAGGACAUAAGUCUAUAGUUCUCAUGGCUAGAUAAGGGACUGGACCCUACUUACCCUUUGAUAUAUGUCUGAUACUAGUUUUUCGCAUCGUGUUAGUUUCAGUUUAUCCUCUCAUGUUAGAUAGGAGUCCACUGACUUACGGACAAAGUUAAAUAAGCAGCUUUAAUCGACUGUUACACAGAAUGAUGAAAGGACGAAAUGAAACUAUCACAAUGCGAUAAACUAGUACCAGAACUCUAUCACUGAGUUAGUAGUGUCCAGUCCCUUAUCCAGCUGGCACUGAGAGUGAUAGACGUAUUAUGCUCCUCUCAGCAUAUUUGCAUUGGAACACAUCACUGCUAGUGCUCGCCAAAAAUAUGCUUUAGUUCAUGUGUUCGUUGAGUAAGAAGCGUCUUCAAUUUGUGUUGGAAAAUUAAGCUUUAAGGAUUUAAUAUUUACCAUAAAAAACUACCUUCUAGUGUUAUCUACCUACACAUAUUCUAAAAUUACAGUCUCAGGGCUUUUGAAACAAAAUAUACUUGUAUAAUUACGUUCAGGUGUAGCCGCCGCUCAUGUGAGCCCAUAUAUUAAAGGGUGUUAUUGUGAUACUCGCAGAAGGCUAUGACCUCAGUUCCACCUACCACCUUUCCCUUUAAACCUCGAGGCCGCUGUAGGAAUCUUCUUCAGACUGUAUGAAGUAUUACCUCCAUUACUUAUUUUACGUUUUUGCCGCAGAGAACGCUGUCUGUUGAGGAAAUCCGGACCAUUGACAAGCACCCUGCAUUUAAACUGAUUCUGGACUUUGUGACAAAUGAUUCUUAUUCUCAUGAAAGGUAACUUUCGUGUUUAUUGAAGACAUAACUAAUGUGUAUUCAGGUCUUUAAUCUUCAUACUUGCCUAACAGCAAAUCAUGUUUCAUGAAGUGAGAUAAUCCUUUUGUUGUGAUAUAUUUUUUUAUGUUUUCAUAAAGGACCCAAGCCCUGCUUAAGCAGAGAGUGGAACAUGCUAACACUGUAGCUGAUAUUUACCUAUUUGCUGCCGAGUUUCUCCGCAUUUCUUCCGAAACAGAUCUUGUCCAGGUACGUGUGAUACUCACAUUUAUGUUGUACUCAAGCUGGAGGCAAGCAAGGAGGUAGUCUUCUUUCGAGAGGAAGAGGGGGUUGAUAGGUUGAACGCGAUGUAAAGAGAACGAAAAGGAAGCGCUAUAAAUAGGUGUUCACAGGACUGGAAAGGUCGCAGGACAUACCUAAACAUGAAACAGAGACCAGCAUCCAAGAAGCAAAAGAACUUUCUCUACUUUAUCCUUUUUGUUUUGUUUUGCAUUAUAUACAGGCCCCUGCUGUUCUCUUCUUACAACAGUUUCUGUCAUCUCAAAAAUACUUCCCAAGGUAAGCUGCUGUUUAGUGUUACUACAGUUAUUUUGACAUCUCGAUGGUAAAAAUGAAUAAACAAAUAGAGAAAUAAAUUCUCUGUUACACCAGACACAGCAUUUUUAAGAUUAUAUGAAGCGCUCUAUUUACGUACCUAUGGUGUUUCUGUUCCGGCAGCCACUAUGCAGACAAUCUUGAUGGAUGCGGCUUAAGUUUGGAGAGUAAAGUUCGACGUGCCUACUAUGCACUGGUCAGAAGAUGUUUAGAUGGAGUUAAAUCUUACCAUACGCAAGGUUCUAGCCAAAGGUGCGUCAGUAGUGGUCUUUCCUUUGCUGACUGAAGAGAGACUUUCUCCUGUGUUGAAUGUUUGAAGAAUUCAUUUUCUCAUUGUUAUUUUCCUAGUUGAUGGCCUUGUGCAAUGACGUAAUCUUUCAAUUUUUUAUGCUUUUGUAGGCCAAGUUCUGCUGCAUUUCAUUGUUUGCGAGCGUUUGUUCUUCACCUACUCGAUACAGAGUGGAAGGUUUGUCUCGAUUAUAAUGCUAUUAAGCAUUGGUGGGGAGCAAGGGUGGUGCAGUGGUGAGAGCACUCGCCUCCCACCAAUGUGGCCCGGGUUCGAAUCCUGGCGUCGACGCCAUAUGUGGGUUGAGUUUGUUGUUGGUUCUCUCCCUUGCUCCGAGAGGUUUUUCUCCGGGUACUCCGGUUUUCCCCUCUUCUUAAAAAAAACCCAACACUUUCAAAUUCCAAUUCGAUCUGGAACGCACGGACACGUUUCAACGAGUUCUUAUGAACUCCUUAGUGAUCCGUGGGUAAACAAAUUACAAACAAAUUACAAUUUACAAUUUACAAUUUACAAUUUUACGUUUGUUUCCAUCCUUUCUUUUUUAUCACCAUCCACGGUGCUUUCUGACACUGCUUGCUCUAACAGUCUUAUAAUGAGGACGCCUCUCAUGCACGUAAUAACCAACUCAACCAUUAAGGUCGAAAAGGUUCUAUUUUGAAUUUGGUUUUGAUAGGUUAUUUUUUAAUUUACCUCCGGGAACUCGGCAUAUUUUUCUUAUCCAUUGCUUUGUGACACAAGGAGUUUUGCGUAAUUUUGUUUCUCCCUCCUUGUCAAGUUUUUUAAACAUUUUUUAUUAUUUUUGUGUUGUCUUCUUAGGGUUACGAUCACACUUUCAUUCUCGAUGUUCAUCUGCCGGAGUUCCUGCUAGACACAUUACAAGGUUAGAAACAUAAAACUGUUGCUGCCGAGUGGGCUUAAGCUUAAUAGUGCUGAACUUUUAACUGCUUUAAAGCCUUACUGCAGGUUUAGGUUUCUUUUGCUUUACUUUGACCAGACAUUUUGAGGUAAAAUUGAUCCCUAUCUUUAUCGGAUCAGUUUUGCAAAAUAAGAUUAACAGGCGACAUUUUUUCUGUAUUUCUAUCAUCAGACAAAAGAGAAAAAAAAUCAGUUAAACAACUGUCAUAAACACGCGUAGGAGUCAGUGUAGCUUAUAUAGAAAUGGCGGCAGCUGGAUGUAGAUAAGUAGAAAAAAUUGCAAAAUAGGUUCUAAGAUGUUGUUUUGAAUCAGUGCAAGUUAAAACUUUCCCGGAGGGAGUAAAAAUUCUGAGUAUAAUAUACAAAGUACAAUUGUUUGAAACUCAACGUGGAAGUUUUCUCAUUUUAUUUACCCCAGCAACCGUUCUGCACCCCAAACACGAUGUAAGGGACAUGAAUGAUCAGCAAGAACUGGAACACUAUGAAGAAGGCAAUAAAUGGCUGGAUGAAGCUAAAGAAAACUUUGAUAAUUGGUUUGAAGGCAUGAGGACUUUAGCACAGACAGACCAACAGAGAAGGGUUGGUAACCCAGCGUCGUAUAGACAGUUCGAUAAAGUAAUUCAGGGAGCUGUGUCACGGCUUUUGUAAAAAUUCUAGCCGUAGGAACUGGCACCAAAUGGAGUGAAACAUUAAAAUAAUCGCUCAAAACACCAACAGAAGGUAUCGAUAAAUACAAAAGUAGGCGCGGAUGGACAAACUUCAAGAACAUUUAAAGGGGUGGAAAUUGUGGGUUUUUGAAAAACGUUUCCGCCUCACAGUUUUUAAGAGUUCAUUUUUGUUGUUUAAGAAAGGUCUGAUACAAUGCUUGGGAAGUAUAUUUGUUGAACAAGAAGCUGUGGGUAAGGAAUUUCUUCGUUAACGUUAAGUUUCAUAGCGUGUAAGGAGCUGUAAUUGGCAAUAUUUACAAAAUAAACUAGACAGCAGCCAUGAAGCUGCAGCCUCCUUAACAAGAACCAUCUGAAAGACGAAAGAACUAAAGUGAGGCGCGCUCUCUGAUUAGCCAAUGAAUAGUAUGCUAUCUGCGCAAGUCGGCGCUAAGGAAUACUGCUGCGUUUUGUGUUUCUACUUUUUGUACGCAUCUAUGUUUACUCACGGUCUCUUACAUCAGUCCUCAAGCCUGUUAGAACUAUUUGAUUUUGAUAAGUCGUGUCACUGUUACGUCACGUUGUUUUGAUAGUUCUGUUAAUUCUGCUGUUUUGUUAUUCAGAGAAUGCAUUUGUUUGUGGCUCGCUUCUCCGACAGUCUUGACGUGGUCAUAACAUGUGAUGGCUGUGAUGUCACUCUGACAGGCAGGCGAUACCGUUGCCUUAACUGCAUGGAUGUUGACCUUUGCAAUAAUUGUUACAUGAGUGAGUUGGCUUAGUUUACCAGGUUUAUGAUGUUAACGAAAGAAAUAAAAAAUAAGACAGUUAUGGCGCCUCUGUAAAAAUCAAGAAAUAACUGUAAAAAAUGAUUUUCGAUAUUUUCAUAUUCUAAUCCCAAAUUUAAUUGUUUCACUUGCCCUGGGUGAGUGUGUAGAGUACAAAGGCUGUGAUAGUGGAGACAGUCCCAAUUGAAAAUGUAACGAAAAUCAAUAAAAAACUAAAGGUCCAAUUUGUAACGAAAAUCAAGAAAAAUUAUGGUAUAAUUAGAAUGGAAUUUUAUCCACUGUGUCUGUGCGUUUGUGUGACGGGGGGGAAGCAGCUGAUCGGUUAAUAACUCUUUCAGACUAAUAAUUUGCUUUGUUUCCUUUUUUUUCCUUCGUUUUUUCUUUUUUCCAGCUGGAGUGAAGCCUGACGGCCAUUCAGAAUCUCAUGACGUCAUAGAUAUGAGGUGGUGUAGGAAAAAGAUCUUAUUUGAUACCUUACAGUAACUUAGUUUGUUUCCUCUGUAAACAAGCACACAUCCGGACUGGUUGUGGUAAAACUAAAUUGUACACGCAUGAUCAGUUUCCUGCUACCUAGACCAUUUUCCCCUCGAGCGAUUUCGCGGUCAAGUUGGUAGGUUACAUGGUCGCCAAAACUCGCCAUAUUUUCUUGUUAAUUGGGCAGUUUGGAAUGUUGAAAAGGUAAAAAGGGGCUUGAGACCUGAGCAGCUUAGAGCAAAGUAAAUGGCAACCUCAAACAACACAAAAGUAAUUAUCAGUCAGACAAUGUUGGAAAAAAGGCAGGGGUGAUGGAUAAUGACACUUGUUUUAAUGGCGUUUGUGUAACUGAUUUAAUUUUUUAGAUACAAAUGUGAUGGUUGCGACAGCUUUAUCGUUGGAACACGUUACCACUGUACGGAGUGUGAUGACUUUGAUUUGUGCUUCGGUUGCCAUUCAACAGGAAAGUUUCCUGGAAGGUAAAUACACAUUUUUUUUAAACACAGAUCCCCAAAACUGCGCUGUGAUAUUUUGACUUUAGAGAUAUAACAAUGCUAUUAUCUAUUUUAUGUCGCUUUUUCGACCCUCAGUUUAGUUAGGUAGGCUAAAAGCGUGCUGGCUAAGAUGCUAUUCAUUUUUGUUUUCAGUCAUGAAACUUCCAUUUUUGCCUACUACGCUCACACUUGACGUCUGCUGAAAGAAACAUCUUUUUUGCUGUAUUGACAGUUUGUUAUUUUAUUUUAGACACACUGCAUCCCAUAAGAUGAUGAAAUUUCCCCUUAAGACAGGUAAGAAGAGAUGUUUGCUCAAAGAAUUAGAACUUCUAAAGCCUUCCGUAUUUUUCUGUAAAUUAUAUAUUUAUUUUUUGUGAUCAACAUUUCAUCCAAUAGGCCAUUUUACAGUUGCAGGCUUAGUAUCCCAGCUUCUGAGGGGAAAGUGAGGCUGAGGUUGGCCUUGUUUUGAUAUAAACUUCCUUCCUCAGUUUUCUAAUGUAAAUGUUACUUGAAAACUUCUAUUUGGCAUAAGAAGAAGAUGAUUUAUAUAAUAAAACUGGAAGAGCUGUAUCAAAACAAGGUCAAGUCCAGCCUCGUUUCCACCUGUAACUGUAAAAUGGGCUUUUUCACAUUAUCCAUUGAAAGAGAAGUGGAAAGAGCAGACUAAAUCACGUCCAUAUGAUCCUCUACAAGACUGUUUUGUCUGAAGUGUUUUGUGCCACUUCUGUUUAAAUGUGCGCCUCUUUUGAAUGAAUUUUCGUUUUAUUGCUUGUUGUUUUUUACAUAUUUGAAUUACAGACGGGGACAGGUUCCCACAAAAGUAGCUUAAACUUUUAUUUUACUACCUAACGCAAUAUCUCCUUCGUGUAAUGUUUUAUUAUUAUCAUUAUUAUUAUUAUUAUUAUUGUUGUUGUUGUUGUUGUUGUUAUUUUUUAUUUACAACUAAUAAGUAAGAAUUUGAGUAAUAGGUGUGUAGCCCUCCAAUAUCACUUUCUAAUACUGUGCUUGUGCCUUAACAUAAACAAAAAAAACUUUCUUGUGGUGUAAGUCUAUGUAACGGUUUGGAUAAUUGUUUUAAUGUGUUGAAGGUUCCUUUGUAGACACGACAGCAAAUGAUCCAUCAAUUCGUGUACAGGCCUACACCCAUCAUCAUGCGUGGCUUCAGUUCGCGGCUUUAGCGCUCACGCUGGCAAACUCCAUCAACGAACCAAACAAGUCUGGUAAAUACUGUACAGUGCAUGAAAUUGUUUAGCCUGCGUGGCAGACGCAAAAAGGGCAGGAGGAGGAGGCAGAGGAGAAAGAAGCGUAAGGGAAAAGGAAGAAGAUCCUCUCUCCUAACCCCCUCCCUGUUACUCCUUUCUCCCAAUCCCUUACCCUUUUGACGCCUGCUACGCAGGGUAGAAAUUGUUUUAUUUUAUCACCUUUACACUCUAAAUAUUAGCAGAAGUGCCAGCCUUGUUGGGAAGUUUUUAAAAUUCUUUAAGAAAGCGCUGGAAAGUAUUGCUCAAGAGGCUUCAUGCAUGUGGUGAUAGCGCAUGAUUUUGUUAACAGACUCAAACAAUUGCAUCUCAAUUACAAAGGCUUUAUGCGACGAAAAGCUUUGCCAAUAGGCCAUUUGCACGAUGGCGUCAUUUUACUACUACGACCAGAAUCCUUUUCGUUUUUCCUUUCAUAUUUAAAUUUUGUAAUCCCAGUGAGGUUUAAAUAACCAAAGCCCUAAUUAGCACAAGAAAGCAAAACCCUGAAGGAUUCUGGUCGAAGUAGUAAAAUGAUGUCAUAGCGCAAAUGGCCUAUUAGUGAUGUCUUAUUAAAGCAGACACGAGCCUCAGUAAAUGUAUAACUAUCUUUCCCAUAUUCUGUAAAGGGAACCUUGGUGAAGCGGACUCUUAUAUGGAACAAACCCCAGUGAUGGUCCCUCGUAUGUCAAGUCUGAUACUGUGUCAGCUAUGUACCCAAAGUCAACCUGCCUAAUGUUAAAAAAAAAACAAACAAACAGCUUUCACCAAAGUUUGUAAAUCAGCAAUGUUUCCUGUCAUUGUUAGGCAUUAGCCUCACUUGCCAGGAUUUUCAUCUUAUAUCAUCUAAAAUUUUUAAUAUUUACAGCGUAAUUCUUAAUUAUGCCGGAAAUUGUUAUUCAAAUUCAAGAACCAUUUGUCGCUUGCCUCUGUGUGUAAAUGUGUAGUAAGCAGUUAAAACUCUGCAUCUAUUAUCAUCGUAUUAGACUCCUGAUACAUUUUUUGUCUUUCUAUUCUAAUAGUUUUUAACGUAGAUUACCUACGGACCGCUGGCCUUCUGCACAUUGAUUGCCUUAAUUUAGUCACCAAGUGUUUAAGCCAUGUCUCGCAUAAACCAGACACAGGUAAGGAAGUGAUUGUGUUUAUACUCGAGUGAGGAAGUGCGUUCGUGACAAAGUAAACGUUUUGACUUCUCCUUUCUGUGAACGAUAUAAUAUUUUUGUACUGAGGUUGACGCCCAUUUUUCUUUAAGGAUUACUGAUAUAUAGAAAUAGUAUUGUUCUUUUCAGUUAAAAGUGUUGAACCCAAGGCAUCAACAGCUACUGAGACAAUUCCCGAGGGAGAAGGAGAGGGGGAAAACCCAGAAGCGGAAGCAACUCUAGAGUCCCCAUCUGUAUCGGAUGAGGUAAAAAGUGCUUCCAAAGAACCUGAACAAGAUACUAAAGACAUUGAAACGGUAACAGCGACAACAGAGGUAAAGACGCCUGAUGCCAGCACUGCUGUGGCGGAACAAGAAGCAGCAGAUCUAAAGGCACCUGAAGUCAGCACGUCCGUAAAGGAACUACAAACAACGGCAGGUGGUCAACCAAAUGAAAGUGUAGAGAGAGGUGAAGAACCUUCAGCUGAUAAUAAGAAUUCUACCUCAGCUGAAAAAAUUGAUGGGAUUGCUAAUCAGCAAGGGACAUCAACACAGAGCCCUGAAGAAUCUGAAAAACUUUUCCCCCCUGCGGCUCAAGAAAGGUUGUUGGGACUAUUGGGAGCGAUUCUACCACAAGACUCGAAGGUAACGCUCACAAUUUUGAUGUAGUAAAGAGAUACUGCAUUGACGCUAAAGUGUCUCUAUAUACAUCUCUUUCUCUGGCGUAAUGUACUUAAAGAAUGGCCCGUUACAUUAUGUCUACAUUGAUAAGUUCCUUUCUUAUAAACGAGUUAUUUCAUUUUAAUCACUUACUGUGUUCUUGGUGCUUAACCAUAGCUCUCCCAUUGGUCAUCGUAUUGUCCCGGAAUUGAAGACUUUCUGUCCGACAGAUUUUUGCCAGCUCUGUUCAAGAUUAUCAGGUGCGAAACGAUUUGUUUACUUCAAUUCGCCACUUUUAACUGUGUCCUGGUAACAAAUGACAUGUAUUAACUUAUUCUUCGUUGACAUGCUUUAACAGGGAUGGCAAUGUUGAUGAUAAUACAAAAAGUCUAGCUCUAGGUGUCCUUGGAAAAUUUCUACAGUGCACUAGCCCGGGUGUAAGUGUCCAAAAAAACUUUGUCUUUCUUUCCUUUUGUUGUUAUUGUUGUUAUCGUUGUUUAAUUUCCUAUACGUCUCCAGUUAAUUUUAUUCAUGCUUAUUGAUAGAUCUCAUCCUACCAUCUAUAAAAACGUUUUGUUGUCGUUUUUUUUUUUUUUUCAUGCCGCGUUCAAUACACCAGCUUGUUCUUUGCAACCUAUGUCUUGUUGUAAUUUAGUGAAUGAGUGCAAUUUUUAUUGUUUGUUUGUUUUUUGUCUACAGCUCUCCGAUCGUGGCGUUGCACCAUAUUCCACGUCGCCCGUCAAAACAGAAAGUGAGAGUAGUAGUGAAGAGAUUUGUUCUGGCAAAGCAACUGUUGAAUUUCUCUUCCAGCUCGGAGCGGAAUACCUUUCCAGGUUAGUUCAGCGUCUAAAGCGUAUUUACAAGGUUCACAAGUCCCUUGAAAGUCCUUGAAUUUCACAAUAAAAAAUUCAACUGUGUGUGGUCCUUCAAUGUAGUCAUAUGCACUUAAUCGUUUACGGAAGGUAAUGACUCAUUCAUGUUGCAGAUCUGACCUGACGGCAUCGUCUGGAAUGGCAUCCACUUUACAACAGUUAGCCAGAUCAACUCAGUGGCAACCUAGUAUAGCAGAUCACGUGGGACUCUGUCUUGAGCGCUUAGCAGAGCCUGCAGAGGUACAGUAAUGUGACUCAUUUUAUAACUAACAAAUUCACAAAAACCUUAAAUACGCGACUUCCCUUUUAAUUACACUCCAAGGUGUAAAGCAAUUAACAGAGCUCUAUUAGUAUGACGUGCUACCUGAUCACCAAUAAAAUCCCACGUGUAUUUACCCCGUUUUUUGUCGUUUCGUUGGUUUUUACUUGGAACAUGUCUAAGUUGAAAGGCGUAGAAGGACGAUGUUUUUUUUUUAUGAUUUAAAAAUAGUAUUAAUAUUUUGUAGGUAACUGGUUUCUUAGACUUUUCUCACUCAAAAUUAUUAAUCAGUUUUACUGUAAUGUUAUUAAUGACUUGGAAUUAGCUUUAACAUACUAAACUGAAAUGCAAAUAAACGUGAAGACUGAGUCGACUCCCUAUCCUUAAUUGCCUCCACCCUAUUACCUUAUCCCGCCUUGCCCUUUUUCAAACUACGAGGGUGGAAUCGUUUCAUGCAACCGUCAAAGUUAUUCCAAUUAUUUAUUUUCAUUUAUUAUUGCUUGCAGAGCGUUGACUUGAGUGCUGUUUUUGGUCUCCUUGUCUUCGCAAGAUUUCCGGAUGUAAGUGAAUUUCCUUAACCCCCUUUCAUCAUUCUGUUUCUUCAGAACGUCAUCAUUGUCGGACUUCAGCUUGUCGCUCAUUGAGAUAUUUCAGCGAAUCCCGUGGCGAUUAGUAGUUACGUGGUCUUUUCUUAAAUGAUCGAGCGUAGUAAUUUUUGCCAUAACUCUUGUUUGCAGGUUGUUCGGAUGGGAUCCGUGACAGAAAUGAAGGAUAUCAGCGGAGAGAAACGGAAAACUGUUGUUUUUAAACAUGUACCUGAAAAAGGAGAAGUCACUGUCGUCGAUAUGAAGACACGCAAAAGGAAAACGGUAAACGUUCAUUCUUUUGGUUUUCCUAGAAAAGUAUCGCGCGCUUUUCAACUCCUAAUUCUUGCAGCAUUAAGUUGGUGCCGUAAAGUUAAUCCUUUCUGUAGUUUAUUUGUUUGACAAGAACUCAAGUGGGUAAUCGUAUCUUUGGUGUUGAAUGCUUACUUGCGUCGUACCUUUUAGACUAUCCUCAAAAAACGUUUUUUGAGUUGAGUCGGUAAAGAAGGAACAAUGCUUGAAACCUGGUGGUAAAUUGUUUUUUGUCCACUCACUCGAUAAAACCAUUUUGUUUAUUUGUUUGUUUUUUGUUUGUCUUUUUUUUUUGGUCCCCCCACCCCUCCCCCAUCAUGUUUUGUCAGUGGUUAGUGUUGCACCAAAGGACGUGUUAUUAAGUGCUCAGUGCAAUUUUGUUUAGCAGAAUUAUUAUAUCUAAUGGCAGGUCAAGGAACACCAACUUGAAGAGUCCUCUUCUUUGAGUGAAGCUUUCAAAACCUCAAGAUUUUCUGUUCUGCUUGAUAUUGUCAUUAAAAUCCUCAAACUUCUAAAAGAUAGUAAGUUUUUCUCUUACUUUUUAAAUGGUAAGCUAAGAUAAUAUUCAUAAUUCUACUGGGCUAUUAAAAUCGCUACCUUAGAUGAUGAAUACCGUAUUUUAGAGGGACAUUUUUGCAUGUUGAUGCUUUAUGUUUGUGCAAUAAUUUCUCUAAGAAAAUGUUAAGUUCAUAAACUCUCUUUGCCAUGCUCUUGCUUCUUCAUGUUUGUGUAACUCCGAGAGAGAAUAUCCUCUCUUGAUAAUUUUUGUCAAGUUUAAGUAAAACUGUCGCAGGGUAUUUGAAAGUGAUUCUUCAUCAGAUUUUUAUUUUCUUCAUAAAUGUUGUUAUUAAAUUAAGUUAGGUUGACAUUACUGAAGAUAGUGUAACUAACUCUAUAGAACAGUUAUACUCCAAUACGAAAGUUUGCGGGUAUUUAAUUGUGUCAAUUGUUGUUUUUUCCUCUUUUGUAAUAGAUAAAUCUGUUCCAGUUGAGAGAAUGUGGGUUCUUUAUUUAGCUCUGAAGGGACUUCUUGGAAAUGUCAAGGUACUGUGUCGUUUCCAGGGCUCAAAUUACUUUUAAUGAAUGUGUUAACGGAUUUUCACGGAUCCGAUCAGGAGAAAUGUCCUUGAGUUAAAUAAUCUCUAUAAACAUUGUAUAGAAUGGAGAAAUUAAUGGGUAAUUAAUGGAUUACAAGCUCGUCCUGUGAAUGUUGCCGAUUCUUUUUCUUCCAGGCAAAUCCAAGUUUAAAUACAGAAUUGUUAUCCAGUGGUAUUGUUUCGUUGCUUGUUAAUAUUGCUUGUCGCGGAACUACGUUUAGUGGUCAGUGGAUUUUACGCGACUUGGAGGUAAGAACGAUAUCGCCACAGUUUAGUGUUGACCAGUUAUAUUCCGGUUUUGCUGUUGCAGAUCGUCGCAUUUAUUCUAGCUUACGUUCUUGAUCCUUGUCAACAGGUUCUGUCUUUAAAACUUUAUAAAUCAGUGCAGCAACCCUCAUCCCCUGCUGAUACUCCCCCUGUAAAAGAAGAGAGUAAACCAACAGCCAAAACGGAAAAGGAGUCAAGUGAAGCUGCCCCCGAGCCAGGUCCAUCAGUAAAAGAGAAUGAAAGUGAGAAGGAUCCAUUUGAUGGGCUUAAUGAUAUCACUAGGACCUGCUUUGAGGUUGGUUUGAGAUGAUUAACUGUAGUACUCUUUGCUGGAAUAAAUAUGACUACAAUUCAUGCAAUUCAUACUGUUUGAGAAAUGAUGAGGAUAAUUUAGGUUGUAUUCAAAUGUAUAUUUUUGAUUCACAUGCGCUUAACGUUGUAGUUGCCUUAACAUUUAUCUGUCUCGGUGGAAAUGAAUUAUUGGACCCAUCCUGUUGCAAUCGAUCGAGAAGUUUAGCAGCACUUCAAAAUAGGCACUGAUAGUUGCGAAGGUUGCCCUUUUUAAACCGUGUUUGCGCAAUCUAAAUUUUGAGUAGCGAUCUUACGUGGCUCUUAUUUAAAGAGUGUUUUAUCUUCUGUUUAACAGACAAUACACGAGGCGAUGCCGACCAUUCCCCUGUCUGUACUAAGAGCCUUGUUUGAGAGUGUAGGUCAAGAUCAAAGCCGACUUUUAGUUGAAGUACAAAGAGGGUAAGUACCAUUUAUUUCUGCCAUCACCGCAGCUACUGUAGAAAGCUUACUUCGUUCUUAAAUACUUUUGAUUUGUUUAUUACAGCUUUGAUGGAGCUGUUUUCCAAGUAGACGACGAUAUUAAGGAGCAGGCUAAGAAAUGGUGAGUGUCCACACACUUUUCCAAUAUACAAUUCCUUUAUGCAUGGUCAUUUACGCUGCAAAUCCAUUUUUUGUGUACCCUCGUUGGUUUGCUUGUUGUUGUCAUUGUUGUGUGCAGUAAGUUUUGUUCUUCUUUCUUUUUGUCUGGCUGGUGCUCAACUGGUUGCUACAGUAAAUGAUACCUAAACAAAUGCAGUCACUAACAAAAAAUAGAAUCGUUUACAUGUUGUUGAUCUCUUGUGAAAGAAAGUGAUUAUUAGGACACUGCACAUGUACCCGGCAAUAACCCUGCCUGGAGUUGCGGAACCUGUCUUUUUUUUCCUGCCAUCUUUCCCUCAGGGUUUUAUCUUCUGACAAGGCAGCAGCUACCGGCGCAACGUCCUCAGGGGCCGCUGUGGACAUUGGCGUGGUGCGCUACAAUGCAAAAGACAUUUUACCCGCGAACAUUCAAGCCAAACCAGAAGAAGGCGAAGUAACUCAGAAGCUUAUUCCUACUCUCAGUGAUGCUGAGAUUGAAGAGGUGAGAUAUUAUGGUGCCAUUUUUUUGGAAGGAAACAAGUCUCCACCGUUGAAAAGAGAGUUUAUUCAGGUGGUGAAAUUACAGGCAAAGUUGUAUUUCUUUUCUUAACUAGAGGAAAAAAUAUAUAUCAAUAUCGCGAGUGUGCCUCUUUUUUGAACUUUAACGGCUUCAUGUGGUUGUGAUGGUCGAUAUCGCAUCUACGCUUCACCUGAAAAGAGAAAAUCAUGAUGGCAACGAGCGAAAACUAACCCUUUUUGUGCUUUUUGGAUUGAAACUUUAACAUAAAACAACUCGAAAAGUGAAGGCUUUUUUAAAAUGAUGUACUUGAGCAGUUCCAAGACAGUUUUUCCUCGGCAGACUGAAUGGUAUCCACUAGUAUUGUCAUAAAAUGUGUAAAGCGCUCAGCGGGGCGCGUGAUGUUUUCUCUACGAACGUUAUUCAUUUGUACAUCCAUUUAUUCCUUAUCUAUCCGUUCGUCCGUCCAUCCAUUCAUCCACCUCACUCAUUUAUUAGUUUAUUGGGUCAUUCAUUGAUUCCUAUCAGAAGAAAGUCAGUCUAACCAGCUAUACCUUGUUACCAAUCGUCCCUACAAAUAAUCCUCUUAAACGAUUUCUUUCUCACUUAUCGCCCACUGCACAGUUGACGACUAUGAUUAUCUUUCAGACUCGCGAGAAGCAGGCUCGCACAAAAUCAGCUGAACUUCUGAAGAAAGAACUACAAAAUGAAGAAAACCUUAAAUCUUCGGAAUAUCUGAGUAAAGUAAGUUCAAAGGGAACGGUUUCUGCAUUUCAGUGAAACUGUUUCGCGCGAAUUAAAACCAAACAGUCUAUUUUAUACCUCAAAAGGUAACUAACAUUACAUUGACUGAAUGGAGAAUUUUUACUCUGUUCAAGAAUGACUUUACUUAACCCCGUCCUGAAACACCUAGUGCCAAGUAGUUACAAGCAAACAAAAUAAAAGAAUGAAGUAAGAACGUAAUACUGCAUUACUGUGUAUUAGUGUGGUAUCUGUUGUACGUUGGGUUAUGUAUAUGUAUCAUUUUGUUAUUUGUUUAUGUUUAUGUUGAUUGAUAUUCAGAACUCAUCUGGGAGCCAAAUUGUGAUUAAAUUUCGAACAUGCUUACUGAUACAAGACCAGGAGGGCUACAUUAAAUUGAGGAGUAUAGGUCCAGUCAGAUGCAGGCGCAAACGUGAAGCCAUCUGUCCUAAUCUUAUUGUUUACUUGCUUUUAUUUCAGGUUAACCUUGCCUUGUCUGUGAUUUACUCACGGCACUUGCUCGCUAUUCUACUGGGAAACUGGUGUGACUGUGGCAUGAUAACCAGUGAAUUGAUCGACAACAGUGAUGAGGUACAGCUGAUUGGUCUGCUGGACAUUCUACAAAAACUGGAAAGCAAAGAACUGUUUGAAAAGGUUAGGUUUUACACUCGUUGCGUGCCAUCGGUCCAAAUCCAGAGCUAUGUGGGUGGUGGGGGGCUGGGUUGGCGGCUUCAAUCACCUUUUAGUUUCGAUAACUAAUGCAGAUUCUGUAGCCCAUGAACUAUGGGAGCUAUGUAGGAGUUUGAUAAUGUAAACUUUUGUCAUAUGUGAUGAUUAUAUGUUCUACUCCUUUCGGGAACAUGGAAUUCUUUUCCCUUAGUAUCGCCUAUGAUUUUUUUUUUUAUAAACUUCGUAUUUGAAAUGUUGUUUUUGAUUAUGUGUUGUUGUCCUUUUUGUCGAAGGUUGUGAGUUCAGUUGUACGAUAUGGAAACCCCAAACUGGUUCAUCCAUUGUCCCUUGCGGCAGCUCACUGUAUGGGUGAAGUGACGCUGUCUUCCGAAACCAGGGAGUCCAGUCAUAACUACCCUAAUGACACUGUAGAUGAGGUGAAAAGCAUACGACGCCAUUAACUCUUAAACAAAAUUUACGAACAACAGCAUAGCAUUCUUAGCCUACGUUGCAGGCGCAUGAGAACUGGAAUUUGCUACCGAAAAUGGGCCAUGCGAGGAAAGAGGAGGAUACCUCCCUUUUCGCGCGUGACCUCCUCUAGCGCGCGUAUCGUUUAUCUCGUCUCAUAAUUCUUGUACGCUUGUGACGCGUACUUCAAAUGAUUUAGUGCUUUAAUAGGGAGCUUAAGCAAAGACGUUUUUGAGCGAAGCACGUCAACCGGAAGUGAGGCCUUCUCCCUUUUUAUAUGCCUGGACACUAUUAAAUUUGUAUUGCUGAGUUUCUUUUCUGCUAUAAAGACGAUUUACCCAAGGGUUUCAACCAAACCACAGCCCAAUGCUGCAAAAAAUCCACUUCCGGUUGACGUCCGUCGCUCAAAAACGCUGUUGCUUAAGCUCCCUAAUCUAAGGAUUUAAUACCACUACCUGGAGAUGUAUCUCAGCGUAUGUGUCGACAGUUCAUUUGAGGAUUACACCAGAAGGCUCAAGAAAUGCUGAUAAAUGUAAUCGUUUUGGUAUUUUUGCUUUUCCGACCUUUGACUUAAGAUUCAGAGUGAAAAAUGGACUGCAAGAUGUAUAAGAUAUUUCACUUAAAGUAAUAUGUGACCUUACCGGCGAUCCAUCAACGUGAGUCACCAGACAAAACUAUGAGAGGCUCAAGUUAGUUUGUGUGUUUUUGUCAUGUGAAUUACGAAACUGCAAGGUCUCUUAUAAAAAUUGUGUUAAACGACAACGAAUUCGACAUGUUUGGUCUUUUCACAGGGAAAAGUGCAUAUCCCUGGAGCAGCUACCCUCUUCGUCAAAUUUGAUUCCAGGUACGUCACGCUAGACUCACGCUAAGUGUGUUGUGAUUUACUUGUAUACUCAUUUUCUCUAAUGUCGAUAAACAAAUAAUGAUUUAAUUUUAACGCAUCCUGAGCAAUGUGAUCCUUUGUCUACCAUCCCGAAUAGAAUUGAAAUUUGAAAAUGUCAGGUUUUGUUAGCACGGGGAAAAACUGGAUUACCCGGAAACAAAAGACCCUCCGAGCAAAGAAAAGAACCAGUAUAUGGAUUUGCCCUAUGCAUAUUUUGUUCGGUGAAACCUGCCUGGUCGCCAAGCGCAACUCCUUGUAAAAUGGCUUACAGACCUGCGACUUUUAAUCUGGUCUGGUUAUGUGUAUGUUCAGUGGUUCAAGUCCCAAAACUGACCAACAUCAAAUUUCUCCUAACAACAUCAGUACAUCAUCAAGAAAAAAAGUUAUGAGAACUGAUGAAGAUGAUCACUAAAGGGGGAAGUGUUUUUCUUGUUUAUCAAAUUCUUUCAGAUAAAUCUUUGAGGAAAUGUGUGAUGAUCAGUCUGGGGAGGUUUACGUGGAUAAUUAAAGGGUUUUAAAUUGUAUUCAGUUUACAAAGACAGUAUCACUUUUGAUUUACCAGAUGUGCCACUGAAGAUGGAUGUGACGAGCUUCGGAUUGCUUCAUCUCCUGAUUAUGAACAAAACAGACACGUGUUUUCCGGUCCAAGUAGUCGAUGGAUUGAUGUGGAAAUACCAGGUCUGAAAUUGUUCGCUUCGUUUCUUCUUUUGUUUCUCAAUGAGUAGUAGUUUCAAGAGUUAUUGAACCCAUCAACAGCUUCACUGUCUGUUAACACACAAGACACCUUCGAGGUUUUUUAUUGUAGUAGUAAGUGGAAGACGUUAUAUGUGAACGUUAUAAAUGAACAAUAGCUUGAACGAGUCUCUACACAGCCUUACGGCGAUAGUGCCCGACCUGCUCCUGAAAGGUCAUGGAAUCCAUAGCUAUCGCGUUUGUGAAAUCUUAGAUACUGCAUCCUCCUUAAUUUAAAGUAAUUUGUGUUCAACCCCCCGGACGCCUCCGAUAUAUAUCUUACUGUUAACUGCCAGUGAGAGUCAAAUGAUGAUGAGCGCCAGUGUGUUCGCAGACCACUUAGCACACAACUUUGAUACCAUGUCUUUUAUUUUGUUUUUAGGUGACACGUUGUAUUACAUAUUCACCUCUGACAACAGUACUAAUGACUGGGGCUGGAAAUUUGUAGUAACUGGAGGCCAACUUGGCAGGUAAUUAUACCUGCAUGGAAAGUCGUGAAAUUAAAGAAUUUCAUUUUCCAGGCUUGGGAAGUCAUGUGAUUUAAUUGUCGGUCAUGGAAAGUCAUGGAAAAGAAAAGUUAUGUUUGGUAACUUUGUCACUUCAGAUGUAAGGAAAAAUGAGACAAGGACAAAUAACUAAAAUAGCGCCGACGGAACGCAUUUUGGUGGAAUCCAGAGUUUGUGUCUGUUAGUUAUGUCAAAAAUUACCAUAAACCAAGCCAGUUUUGGAAGAAAGGAGAAUGUCAUGGAGAAAGUCGUGGAAAAGUCAUGCAUGGAAUUUGAAGGGCUUAAAAGAGUACGAACCCUGAUACAGGCUCAUUAGCAGCACAUUGUGGCUUGUAAUACAAAACCAACCUCAAGCUUGUCAACAGCUUAACAAAAAGUGUUAAUCAGUGCAUUCCAAUAUUCGCUUUAGAAUGAUAAAGAUGUGUGUAUAGUAGACAAUAGAGAAGUAAGGCCUUUAUAGUAUGUUGGGAUAAUUGUGUGCUUUUAACUUUAGGUUCAAGACUGGAUUCACAGUUCUGAAUGCUAUGCUGUCAUUAGAUAACAAAAUCGCCAGGUAACUUUCUAUAACAUACUGUAAUCCGCUAUUUAAAACUGGGAUGUCAAACAUAUAAUUGAGAGUGGAAAACCCCAGCAAGAAAAAAACGAACGCUGUUUUCAGCACUUCUUGUUAGUGUUAUUGCCCUUACCUUGUAACUGUAAGAAAGAGUUUCUACAUAGUAAGGCAUUAAAAAGAUGGACGUUUUAGUUCAGAAACUUGGUGUCCAGGGAAGUAUUAACUUAUAGUUAGAUAUGACUAGAUAUUGUUAUAAAUCACACUAAUUUCCUUCCCAGGUCGUUGCCUUUAAAGAAGUUGUGGGUGUGGCUUGUCUCAGUAGCCUGCUGUCAGACUGGUCAGCAGAGGCUUAUGGCAACCGGUUUGUUGCUAAGACUUCUGUUGGUUGUCUCUGGGUAAGUGCCACCUCACGUGAUGUAUUAUGUUUGAGUGCAACGCCAUGCAACAGGCAGCAACUUAGCAGUCCUAUUAAAAACGCAUUGUCUGUUAAAAGAACAGUUGAUAUUAUGAUGUUAGUUCUAUUCAUCCGCGGAUGGAGGAGACUCAGGGGCAGUCCGAGUUGGGUUCUGAGAAAAGGCGCCACGAAAGUUUUCCGCUUCAGACUGCCUCAAGGUCUUCGAGUAUGAGUGUUACUUUAUCUUCCGAGCCCUAUAGAGGAAAAAUGAGUAACAAUGAGCAUGAUGAAUUAGGGGAAGAGUUAAAUAAUUGAAUCUGAUAUAUUAUACUGUUAAUGUUUUCCGUAGGCAAGCGAGGGAUAGCGAUGGUUCUUGCUCGCCCCCAAUGGAUGAGAGUGAAAGACCUGAUCUGAGUCUGUUGAAGCCCCUUUGGUCACUUUAUACGGGCAUGCUGGAAAAAGAAGGUCAGAAAACAGCAAUCUUAUCAGUGUGUUAGGCUAGGUAGACCGACCAAAAUAUGGGAUACUUAUUUUACUCAGAAUGGUCAGACAAGAUAUGUCCUUGACUAAUCAACAUUCUCUGUGCGGAUGAAUUGACCAGUAUUGCAGAUUCUGAAUACAAUCAAUCAAUCAUAGACUUUAUUUAACUUCGAAUUUGAUAGCAAAAUUGCUAAUUUUGUUAUCGAGUCUAGCGUUCAUUUGUGCCGUAGUGAAAGGAAGAGACUCCAAACUCUUUGAGAACCAAACUUUAUUCCCUUGACAAUUAACCUUGCCGAAUGUUGGAACUUUCAACGCAUGCACGCUGUGAUUGAAGAUGGUUCUCUCUAAUUUUGUUUUAUUGUUUCAGAAAUCGGAAUUGAAGUAUCUAUAGCCUAGAAAAGCGUAAUUUGAUAGCCUAACGGUUCCUCUGUUUGUUUGAUUGUUGGUUCAUUUGUCUGUUUGUUUCUUUGUUUGUUUGUUUCUUUUAUCAGGAUCUGGGUCAGCUCCAACAUUAGUUCCUCCUGUACUCAGAGGCCUCACGGAACUUUUUCUUGUAGUGGAAAACCUCGCUCAGGUCAGACUUUUUCAUCCGAAAAAAAUAAGACAUAACAAUGGACGAAAUGAUCACCUCCUGAUGACCGUACGUAAUGCAGUCUCUCCUUAAUAAGCCCUUUGCUUUCUGUCUGUAUAGGAUUGGGGUGUGGCAGAGGACCUGGUCGUUGGUUUCACGACAAUCGAAAGCUUGAAGAGAUGCUUCUCUCAGGUAAAGAAAAACCCAGUUGCUAAUUUAGAAAUCUCCUGCAGUGGCUGCUGCAGUAUUUUGACAGUAUUGACAGACAUAUGUACUGCAUGUUGUUUCUUUAAGGCUGUUCAAAGGGUUGGUCUGAUCGGUCUUGCCAUUGGACAACCAAAUAAAGCGUCCGAGGCACUUGUUAAGGCUGCAGCUCACCCCCAGAGCAAGCAGGAUGAAGAUAAGAAGGUAUCCGUCACAAUGAUUCUCACGCAACUUCAAAGCAGUGAUUUCUAGAAAACGGACCAUGUAUUUAUGAUCCAUCCACCCAGGAGCAUAAAUACAUGCUGUUCAAAUAAUGCUUAGCUAUACUCGGCACAAGAUCACCUUCUCAUUCGAGAAGGGCUGGAUUAUAUAAUGAAAAUACAUUUACUUCAUGUCGCAUAAACCCAUCUCUCACUGGCCGGGUACCUGUGGCUGUCACUCUACAACUGAUAGAUAACAUUUGCUUUACUGCUAAUAUAAAGUUAAUAGGACAAUUGCACUAUGACGUCAUUUUACUACAACUACCAGAAUCGUUGAGUUUGUUGUUUUCUUGUGCAAAUUAAGGCUAUUGUUCAUUAAUCCUCUGCGGGAUUGAUAAAUUUAAAUAACAAAACACAGUAUGACUGAAAACCAGCUGAGUACGUUUCAGCAGGCUACACACGGUAAAUGGCAUUGACCGCGUAUAAAUAAAGUCAAUUACAUUAUAAUUAUUGUGUUUGUAGUGUUAGGCGAUUAUCCUUUUGUUAUUUCUUGUGGUCAAAUCUUAUAAUGUUUACCUCGUACUUUCCAUAGGAGAAGUCAAAAUCAGACCCGGCAGUUCGGUGAGUGUUGUUCGCUUUUUUUUCUACGUUCGUUUAAUAUUUAUAACUUAAUGUUUUUUGUUGUAUUAGUUUUAAUUUUUGUAAUAAAGUAGGAGAACCCCUUGGUAAAGCACUUUCCAGUGAGUAUACAAGUAGGUAAAUGUAUCCUUAACAAAGACUGCUGAAAGAAUUUGUAUUUUCCCGAGGAGUUUUGCAUCGACGACAAAUUACUGUGACUGCGUAAACCACUGGGACUGCGUUUAACAAACCACUUCUAUUUACUUCUAGCAAUUAGCAAGAUGUUAUGUUCAAUAACAAUGUUUGGUCGCUGGUAAUUUCGAGCGCCGUUCUCAACCCAUUUUCGAAAUUAGAAGAAAAGAAGUAAAUGGCCAAGCAAGUCUAAACAGGCAUAAAGAGUUAGCCAAUGAAAUAAUCGAGCUAUUGGCGGAAAAUGUCUUGCUAGUACACUGGCUUUGAUUCUGAGUGGUUAAGCACGCACGCACUUUAUGUUUUGUAUGUACUAAAAUCGCUCUAUUCACCUAUUUUAGUGUUGCAGAGUUCAGGCCUCCUUUCUCGUUUUCUAUUGGUCGAGAUGAAAACGAAGAUGACACCACAGGAGACGCUUCUAGCGAUGACUCGGACGACAGCAGCUCCUCUUCUGAUACAUGGAGCUAA